CAACGAGAGCCUAGAAGAGGCGGUUGGGAGCGAGUGGCCGUUGGGAGUGGGGGCGGGACCUUGAGAAGCGCGUCUGCGCGAGGCCGUUGGAAGAGCCUCUCGUCGCGCCUCAGAGGCGACUUCACGGCCGGCCGCUGCCUCCCUUUUUCUGCCCGUGUCAGAACUUCCCCGCUCUCCUCGUCACAAAAUAGACCCUGAAACUCGGAAGGAGGAGCUGAGAAGGGCCCCGCCGCCGCGCCUCAAGAGUUGUGCCCGGCCGGCUUCCUGAAGCGCCUCUCCUUGACCAGAGAAGCGUAGCCGCUCCCUUUCGCAGCCGCCCUCGCGGUACGACCAGGCGGGCGGGGAGCGGAGUGCGCUUCUCGAGGCCGGCCAGAAAGCAGGCGGGGAGCGAAAGGUCUAGCAAAGAGGUGGGCUAGUAGGAAGGGUCGUUUAAAAAAAAAACACGGAAGAGAAUGUGCUCUGGACUGCGCGCAACUCGCAUUGUUAUUAUUGGUAUUAUUUAGAAGGUGUCUGAAGUUUCCUAGGGACUACGAAAAAGGUCGGGAGACUCAACCUGUAAACUAGCUUACCCCCUAGUUGGUUUCACAAUUGAACAGACACCGUAUUGGGGAAUGGGUAGGAAACGGGAAAAACCCUAGCGUUGCCCACUGCUAACAUGACCUGUAUUAAAUUCGGUUGCAUCUAGUAGUUAAAUGAAAUAGGCAGCUCGAAUACUUGCAGCUGUGACAAUAGCUCCUCCUCCAAGGCAACAAGAUGUAUUUUCUUUCUCUUUCUUCCCCACUCGCCAUUUACCAGGGCACUGGAUGGAGAUAACAGGGAGGCAUACUUCCUUACAGGAGGAGCAUAUUGUCUCAGGAGGUGGUGGUGCAUGCACAUAGCCAGGAUUUAUUGUGGGGGGGAAGGAUUUAUGUUAUGGGGCAGAACCAAGCUAGCUGUGAUGUGAUUGGUCAGUUAAGUAUUUGUAUUUACUUGAUUUAGGGGUAGCAGCUGCCUCUCCUUGGCUACGCCUAUGUGGUGACUUCUUGUAGGUGUUUAAGUAGAGAUGGCUGUCACAGGUGUUGUAAUCCUGCAUUCCUGAUCUGGUGUUGAGCAGGUCUAGAUGACAUCUCAGAUUCCUUUCAGUUCUGUUAUUCUAGAAUCUUAAAACAAUUGUGUCACCACAUACGUCACUUUUCUGUUGAUUCUGAAUGUUAUGCAUAUCGUAAUAUUUCACAGGCAGAACAAUCUGAGUCGGCCCUGGGAGGCUGGUCACAACAAAUUCUCAAUUCCACUCACAGGCUUGCCAACCAGGAUGAAAAGCAGUGUUUAGAAACAGAGAUAUGAAAGGUGUCAGAGAUAUGGCACCUUAAACCUAGGUUAUGAGCACAACACCGGAAUGUCUAAGCAUGCUUUUUAAAAAAAUACGAAGCUGAAAAUGAAUGAACUACAGCUAAAAUAAUUCUAUUCAUUUUUCACAUGGUGUCUAGUCCUUAUCCUGCCAAUCCCCCUAAUAUUCUUAAACGGGUCUCUUUUCCAGUCUUCAGAGAGUAGCUGGAAGUGUGGAGGCAGAAAAAGGUCCUCCUCUCCUUCCACUCUGUAGUUUUAAUCUGAAAUCCUAGGCACAGCACUGUGCCCAGAGCUCAGGAACUGCUCAUGCUAAUGAAUUUCCCUGUCACAAAAUGCGCCUAGAACAAUGGGAGUUUUGAACACUGAUGAAAAGGGAGGGUUUUUUGGGCGGGUUUUUUUGCUGCACCAGCUCUAAGCUGCCAUAGCAGAGAGGCAUAAAUCAGACCCCUCUCCAGAGAGUGGAUGGGACUAAGAUCCAGUGAAUCCUACCCCACCCCUUGUAGUGCCCAUUUCAGGGCCUCAUGCUGGCUACUCUCUGUGGCAACACAACUGGCAGAAGCAUUGCUGUGUUUACCACAGCUGUAUAAUGCAAGGGUUGACGUCGUUGUGACACUGGUCAACUCACCAUUGGGAAUUGAGCCUAUUAUAUCUGCUGUACUGGCCUAAUCCCCACUUCUGUUUCUUGAUCAUUUUAGAAUUGGAAGAAUAUCGGGAGGUGGGAUGGAAUGUUACUUACAUUUUGUGCACAGUAAAAGUGAGCUGUUUUAAUGUAUGGUCCUAAGUGUACUUAUUCAGAAGUCACUGAAUUCUAUGGGCCUUGUUCUUUGGUAAACACAUAUAGGACUGCAUUCUAGUUCUGUUUUAGGGGCAUUCAAAGUAUGCUUUUGAUGUACCAGUUUUCAUUCAUACAGAAUAUAACAUUAAAGAAUCAUGCACAUUAAAGAAACAAAAUAAAUAUAGAAAGUUCAUUAGGCUGUUCAGACUUCAAUAAGGCACCCUUUUUUAAUUAUGAUGUGUGUUUCAAUCCUACCUUCAACCUUACUUGCUUCUGUUACCCUUUACACUGCCUCAAUCCCUAGUCAAUCUCCUUGCAAACCCAUUUUAAAAUUUCCAUCCCAUUGGGAUCAAACCUAUUCAUACAAUUUUGAGGCCUGCAUUUUUUUAAAUGGACAAGUCUCCAGUUCUUUGCCAUUGUAGUUUCAAUGCUUUGAAUAGAACAGCUGGCAACAGAAGAACAUAGGAAAGUGGCUUAGGUAUAUAACUAAUCAUGCCUGUUUACUUCCUUUUGUAAGUGCCAGGAUGUUUGUAGAUGGUAAGUGUAAGCUACACUUCACUAAUUGAUAGCCCUGCAUUUGCAACUCAAAUAAACAUGCUGAUUUGAUGCAUGCUGCUAAGAAUCACUUAAGACUUUAAAAUUUUGAAAUUCGGGGUUUUGAUAUGCGAUUAUUAAAAACCUGGCAACAUUUCUGUUACCAUGGCUUGUGUUUUUGGUUGUCUGCAAAAAUAGCAAUAUUGUUUUCUCAUGUUUUCAGAUCCUAAUGUCUUCAGAUGAAUUUCCAGCUCUGUCACAAGAUGAACUCCGGAGAAGACUAUAUCAGACAUUUAAGAGCCGAGGUGUUUUGGAUUCACUUAAGGUAUUUGAUAUAAUUAAGCAAGAUUAAAAUAAGGGUUUUAACUUAUUAAGCAGUAUUUAUACCCUGCCUACUCACUGAAAUUCUCAAGGCAGCUUUCAAUAUAUUUAAAGCACAAUAAAGUAGACAUUGAUAUAGUAGUCACAACUGUAGGGCAAAGGUGUAUGUAUAUAAGCCAUGAAAUUAUGAGAUAUAUUGAAAGAAAUAUUACUGGCAGAUUUUCUCUUGAUGUAUUGCUUGACUGUUCAAUGCGUAAAGCAUUAUACACACCAGUGUAACACAAGGUUUCAGUACACUUAACAUAUCAAAGUCUUAAACUUUUUUCAAUUUAUUUAAUGUUUCUUUUUCACUUUUUCUUCUAGAAAUCCCAGUUAACAAUAAUAUAAUUUUUUCUUUGUGCCAGACACAGCUUCGAAACCAGCUCAUACAUGAUCUAAUGAAUCCCAUUUUAAGUGGAAAAAUUCAGCCACAAGCUGUUUCUAGUGAAUGCAGUUCAUUGUUAAUUGGUGCUUCUAACAGUCUGGUGGCAGAUCACCUGCGCAGAUGUGGCUAUGAAUAUUCACUGUCUGUCUUCUAUCCAGAAAGUGGAUUAGAAAAGGAUAAGGUAAGUACCUUCUUUUGAAGGAUGUGUUAAAUUAUGCUCAGUACAUAAAUGAAGUCCUGUUUAUCCAGUGCAGUUAUUACAUUGUCUAUCAACCUAUCUAGACCAUCUUUAGUCCAAAAAUGCAUUUGUCAUUUUUUACUAGGUAAGUAAGUAAGUAAGUAAGUGUGGCCCAGUAACAGAUCUCAGCUAUCUUACUGAACACCAGUACACACACACACACACACGGCCAUGCACACUUUGACCCCCUAGAAUCCUCAAACAAUUUAUAACACCACCACUCCAGAAGAGCAUAAUACUGUGUGUGUGUGUGUGUGUGUGUGUGUGUGUGUACACAUUUUAUAUGUAACUACAAACAUUCCAAAAGUGGGUGUAGGAAAGUCUGUUGACUUGCCAACAGGAGACAGAAGGAUCUGUUUCUGCUAGGAUCAGGCCUUUAAUUAGUCUUGGAAAUCUCAGGAAGAAGACAUUAUGGGUAUGUACAGCAGGAUCAGGUUCAUCUGUGUAGGGCAGGCACCCCCAAACUCGGCCCUCCAGAUGUUUUGGGACUACAAUUCCCAUCACCCCUGACCACGGGUCCUAUUAACGAUGGAUGAUGGGAGUUGUAGUCCCAAAACUUCUGGAGGGCCGAGUUUGGGAAUGCCUGAUGUAGGGUCUUCUUUCCAAUGCCUACUGGAGGUCAAAUGGUCCCACAAAACAUCUAAAGUACAGAGAAGAAACCACUUCAGAAUGAACGCUGUUGAUUGCAAAGUUAAUUACAGUUGGAUCAGCCAGCUUAGAAGCAGUCUGAGAUAUGUUAUGGAAAAUUCUAGGAAAGGCUUUGUGCAUGCCUGACUGAGUGACUGUUUCUGAGCCUCUGAAGGUGAGACAUUGUGUAUGUGUGAACUCCUGUGUGUGUAUGCAAGAGUGAAUGAUUGUAAGACUCAAUGCGAAUCAUUGUGAAACUGUGUUAACUUCUGAGUGCCUGUGUGUUUGACUGCAAAAGUGUGUAUGAUGGCAUGCAAUAAUUGGCCUUGAUACAAACAGUGAAAGUAUAUGUGACAUCCCAAUCAUUAUCUCAUUUUGAUUUUGUUGGCUUAGUUGUUUAACUUUUUGUUUUGACAAUAUGGAUUGUCAAAUGUAUAAUUGAGAGUUAUCCGGUUUCUUUAUCUCCUUAUAAAGGCGCUCACCAUGCAAGAUUUACAACAGCUGAUAAGGAUCAAUCCAAAGACUGAUCUUUACAAAGCACUGGUAAAAUAAUUUAUUUCUUGCAAUCUUAUUUUUUGUUAAGCAUUGGGUAGAUAAGAAUGCAGUCAAAAUCCUCCACCUGUGCUGUGGAAGAGGGCUAGGAUAAGGUGGUAGAGACCCUUUGCUGCACUGCUGCGAAGGCCCUACUGCACUCUGUGGAGUGGGAAACUAUUAGUGGUUGUUCUCUCACUGGCAGAAGCUUGCAGAAAAGCCCCAAAGGGAGUAUUGUGGGAUGCUGCCUGUUCCUCAGACCCCUCUGGUGCACCUGCCUGGAAUUCACACAGCAAAAAAGGGGGAAGGAUAUGCCCCAUAGCUUUUGCCCUGGCCAGUGGGAGUGGCAGGGCUUGGGGUGUGGCAGCUACUUUGCAGCUCUUCAGCUGGAGCUCGGGACUGCAGUAUAAAUUGACUAAAUUAUUUUUUUGUUUUUCCAGAUUUCAGCUUCAGAAAAAGAGAAUACGAAAGGUACAGCUAUAAUGUACAUAUAUUCUAAGGAAGUUAAGAUUGUAGACCACAGUCCAAAGAUAUUGUGUGUGUUUAAAAUUAUGCACACGUGUUUAAACAAUUUAAUUAAUUGUUUAAAUAACAGUUAACUCAAAACUGGGUUUCACUCAAAACCUCCAUGGUAGUUUAAUUUUUUUUAAUGUUAAUAAUAAAAGUACAGCAGUUAAAAACAGAUGGAAACAUUUGACAUUAAAAUAAGUGUCCAGUGGUUUCUUUGACAUUUUCGCAUAAGCAGAUCCUGCUGCUGAAGAGGCAAGCUGCUGUUUGGAAGAGAGGAGUUUGAACAGCAACUCUGGAUAGCAUACAUAAAUAUUUAGACAGAAAAACAAAAUAAUGCACAUUUUGUGGCCACCUGAAGCCUGUGUGCAGCAAUAUCAAAAUAUAAUACAAAUACAAGAAAAAGUAGCAUCAGUAGCCAUCACAAGCCUUGCUAAACAAAACAGUUUUCAGCAUGUGCUGGAGUUGCCUCAUUGUUGGCACAUGCCUUAUUUCUAGGGAUGACAAUUUGGGAGAGUGGACACAGCCAGGGAAGGCCCUCUUACUGGGUAAUCCAAGUGGAUGUCUUCUGGCUGUGGCUUAUCCAUGAGGGCCUCUGUAGGUGAUGUUAGGGAAUGGGCAGAUUUGCGUAGGUGAAGAUGUUCACUUUGAUAACCUGGUCCCAAAUUGUUUGGGGCCUUAUACGUUAAUACCUAAAACUUGGUGCAGUAGCAAAUUAGCAGCUAGGGCAGUUCCUUUAAAAAUGGUGUUAGUAACCUAACUGCUUCAUUCUGCACAGCUUCUAGACCACUAUUAUGGAAGCCCCAUGUAGAACACAUUGCAUUAAUAAAGUAUUGAGGUUACUGGUGCCUGGGUCACUGCAGCAAGACUGUCUCUAGGAAUGGCUGCAGCUGGCAUAUCUACUGAAACCGAUAGAAGACACUCAUUUCUCCUGGAGCCACAUGAGCCUCCAGUGUUAAUGAUGGAUUCAGAAGCACCCCAUUGUAUGAACCAGCUCCUGCAGAGCAGGUGCAACCUUAUCCAGACCAGGCAAAUUGCCUAAUUCCUGGACCUGGGGACCACCUACUCACAAAGCCUCCAUCUUGCUGGGUUUCUGUUUAUUGGCCCUCAUCUAGUCCAUCACUACUCUCAGUCACUGAUUCUGAAUCUGCACAGCUCCUGAUUCAGAUGUUACAGAGAAAUAAGAAGCACUCCCGUAAUGACCAUUCCCAACAGCUUUAUAUAGAUGUUGAAUAGUAGUGUGGACAGGAUGGUUCCUUUCAUAACUGCUAACAAACGGUUACCUAAUGCUAUCUGUGGAACCAGCCCCACAAAUAGUGGUAACACUGCAGAAGAGUGUCCCCUGCUCCCAACUCACAAGGCCGAACCAGCAGGAAAGCAUUGUUGAUAGUAUCAAAAGCAGCUGAGUGGUAGAGUAAGAGGGUUACAGUCCCCUAUCCUGAUAAAGAGCAUCCAGGGUGAUCAAGACCAAUGGAGUCUCAUAAGCAGGCCUGAACCCAGACUGAAAUGAGUCUAGAUAAUCUGCUUUCUCCAAGAGUACCUGGAACUGGGCAGCCAGCACACUCUCAAACAACUUCCCCAUAAUAUGGGUGUUGGAAACCAUAUGUACAUGUUAUAUGUUAAAAAUGUUUUACCUGUUUUGAAAUGUUUCAGAUAUGUUUAGUUGCUUUUUUAAAAAAAUAUUUUUAUGUAUUAUUUGCUACCAUAGGCUCUUUUUGAAGAAAUUUUAAAAAUAAGAGGGACAGCUUUUUUUCUUUAGAAUUGUUCAACUUCUGUUCAUUGGUACUCUUUUACUGUUGCAAAAUAUUAUUUAUUCCUUCUUGAGUUUGAAACUUGUCAUUUGUUGGAGAAGAGAUGUGUGAUUAAUGGUGUAUCUCUAAGGCUUUCUUGUACAGAUAUUAACUGAACUGAUAGACCAUAGCCUGCAUAAACAGAUCUGCAACACAGAAACUCAGACCAGUCCCACACCUGGUAAAGAAUCUCUUGGUAAGUGGAGUUACUGCAAUUGCUUUAUCCUCAGACUUAGCUAUUUAUAUAUUCAGCCUUAAGAAAGAGAAUACUGUAGCAUCUGUUCUGUAGCCUUGCUUUCCUACUGCUUCUGACAUAACUCUUUACUAACUGGAGUAUAUGUACAACUUUUUACCUUUAAAAAGCAUAUAAUCCUUCAAAAAAGUUGGGAAAGCUUUUAGCUAAGAAGGAGUUGCACAUAUUUAUAUGUUGCAGUUUCUAAAUGUGGAUCAAAACAUAAUUAUGGGUUCACAUUUCAACACAAUAUGGUUGUGAGUUUUGUGCUUUGAGAGAAAACAGAAACGUUGAAAAUGGUACAGAGAGUUCUCUGGAAAGAUAGGUAUGUGAUUGCAUAGGUAUGUACUAGACUGGUCCAAUGAAUUUGCUACACCUAGCCAGCUGCACAAGUGUAGAACAAAAAUAGCAGAAUUAUCCCCCCCCCCCCCCAAAAAAAAUAAUAAUCUUGCAGGGUUAAAAAGUAUACUAAUAUAUACACCAGUCACAUCAUCCUCUUCUACUUCCUGCACCUGCAGCCCAGGCAUUCUCUCUAUGGUUGUGGGAAAUAGGUUAUUUUCCAUUUUAGCCAUUGCAGAAUAUCCUUUAUCAUCACUGUACUGUAUACUCCAAAACACUGCAUAGGACAUAAAACAUAUUUCAGAUGAACAGAUCUAACACAAAUGCAAUACUAGCCUAAGCAAUCUAUUCAUAGAAUGAAAGUUAGGAAUGGAAUACAGAUGCAGUCUGGAGUACAGUGGCAUCUAUUUAAGCUGGAGCAUAGUUUCAGGCUGCUAGAUACCUGAUUUAUUUCUGUAUUGUUUUCUCUCUUUCAUUUAUUCCUUGGUGCUCUUUUUAGUAGAGGUUAGUCAUAGAUUUAUGCUUUCAGACCCUUUCCCCCUCAGCAGAGGCAGGGGACCAAUUAGGUUGGCCUUCCCUUGGAGGCGGAUGGCUUCCAGGUAGUUCUUGGGGAUUUUCCGACUCAUAUGACUGGUGCUUCUUUUGAGGCCCUGGCUAAUUUGUGUAAUAUGUGAAUGGUGCAGGCUGUUGACACAGUCAAUCACAAUUGAGUGCCCUCUGCCACUUUUCAGUAGUUACUUCCUGCUUGUGGACUGCUCUCUAACGGGACUUUUGUCUGGUGCUAUAUUUAUCUGUUAGGCACCAGGCAAAGACUUCCUUUUAACCUAAGCUUUAGGUCAUUAAUUUGAAGAUUUUAAAAAGUAUUUGUGGACUCUUUGGGGAGAGGGCAGGAUCAGUAAGACAUGUCUCUUAUUUCUAUAGAUGUGUGAUUUGGGAUGGGGGGAGGUAUUGAUGGUGUUUAUUGUAACUGGUUUUAGUAUUUCUUAUUAUGUUUCCAUGAGUAAAGCAACCAAUAAAUAUAAAUCAUCAUUGGCAUCAUAGCAUAAUAAAAUGAAUUAGGAGAGCUGGCCCCUAUAAAAAUGUCAACAAUGUUAAUUUCUUUUGUUUAGUAUGAUCACAUAUAAUGGAACAAUGCCUUUUAUAUAUUUUUUCAUAGCUGAGAAACUUCAACUGAUUGAUGAACAGUUUGCAGACAUGUAUCCUCAAUGCCACAAAUCUGAGUCGUUUGAAGUAAAACUUGCUGAAUAUAGAAAAGAAGUAGAACAGCAGCUUCAAGAGGAAAUGUCUCAGAAGGUGAAGGGAAAUGGGAGGAGAGGCAAUGAUGUUUUGUCAGUCUUAAUGCAAAUUUUCAUGUGCCUAUUUGAUGCUUUUGUUAGUAUAACAAUUUACUUUUUCUCAGAGUACACAAAAUACAUGAAGGAAAAGCAGAGGACAAACAUUUAUUGAGCAAGACAUGGCUGUUUACAUUAUGAUUAGUAGGAGUAAUCAUAGGGAUAAGUUGCAGGAUCAACUAAAUGCUCUGUCUCAGUUGCUUGCUCACUUAAUGGCCAAACUUACAUUAAACAGGAGAUCUGUGAUUAGAUCACUUUGUUUUUAAAAACUAUAGGAAGUGACUUGGAUCAGGGCUAUAAUGUGGCUUAAUCCUUGCAUGCAUCAGUGCUUGCUGCAAAUGCCUGUUCACCCAACAGCUGCUUUUAAGAAAAGGAAAAUUGGGAGAUCUGAUUAGUUGUAGAGCAGUGGAUUUACCAUGGUACUUUAUCACAUUCUUACACAGGAGGGAUUUGCUAGUCACAAGAAUUAGCCAUCUACCUGUGAUCUAAUGUUUUUAUGUGACAGUUGACACUUAUAAUUUUAUUUUGAAUGUCACAGUUGCAACACUUCAAAGAGGUUGAAAUAGCCAAAAUUAAGAUGGACGAGAGAGCACAAUCCCAGAAAGAGAUUUCAGAGCUUCGUAAAGAAUUUGAAAAAGUUCACAGAGCCAAGUCAGAGGCUCUAAGCUCUCGAGAAAGAAAUGCUAUUGAGAGGCUUCAGAAGCAGCAAGAGGUAAUGUUUGAAAAAAUUGAACUAAAUAGAAUGGAGGUUUUAUCCUAUAUCAAGAGCCAUACUGGGAAAUGUAUUGGGAAUGACUAUGUAUUUUGCUUGCAGGUUACUUCUAUGUAUCUUCCAUUGUGGUUUGUUCCUAAUCUGCAAUUUGUGCCGAAAAAUGUGACCACCUGCUAUUAAAAUGCACUGCAUAAGUAAUUGUGUGGGAUGCUGUAUUUGAAAAAGUGGAAAUGCAUCUUCCAUGUCCUAAUAUUUGCGUCUUAUUCCCUUCGCACUGUUAGCCACUUAAAAAUAAAUAAAUCAUAGAACUCUUCCCAUAACUCAUAAGAUACCUGUUGUAACUACUGCUAAGUCUUCUAGUAGUAACUAAUUUUAUCAGCAAACUGCAUAAUGAAGUGCAGGCAGUUCCAGCAACCAGUUAACAAUAGAAUGCUAGUUGUGAAUACAGCCUUCCAAAUCUCAUAUAGAAUAUGCAGGUGUUGCUACAUUUGGGGCUUCAUAUAAUACAAAUAUGUUUUUUCCAAUAGAUUGAUGCAAGGGAAAUUUAUCUGCAAAGGCAAAGCCUGCUGAAAGAUAUUGAAACAGUAAGAUCCCGAGAGGCAGAACUGAAGCAGAGAAUAGAAGCUUUUGAACUGUGAGUUGUUAAACAUUCAUAUAACUUUAGUUGGGGAAAAACCCCAUAUUUUUCUUGGCCUUCUAAAUGCUACAGUUAGUAUGAAGCUUCAUUUACUCUUAUUUCAUUAAAUGUAAUGUUACACCUCUAGAAACAAUAUUAUCCAGCUGCUUUUAGCGGCAGAAUUGUUCCCUGUUAACUUGAGUUUUAUGGUGUUUCAUCGAAAAGUUGGCAUUGCUUUGACAGUUUGUCUUGAAGUCAAUACAUUUUUUUGUUUUUUAAUUAAACCAUCUAGAUACUGACAACAGUGCAUGUUGAUGUUUUGCCAUUAGUCCUGAUGUAUAUUUAGGAGAAUAUGGGUUUGUGAACUGCUUAGAAGUUUUCCAUCAAAUAAGUAUGCAACUUUUGUUAGUUAAAUGCAUACAAUAAAUAAUAUUUAAGCAUAGUUGCUCAGGAAUCCAUAAUUAACUGAUUAGGCAGUUUAAGUUUGUCGCCUUUUAAUUCCCUUUCCCUCCCCUUCAGUUUAAUGAUAGAUGAAAAUCCCUCUGAUUACCCAGAAGAGGGAGCUGGUGAACCUUUGAAAUAGAGGAAUAAGCUUCAUCCUCCCUUGUAAUUCCUUUACUUUCAGCAUUUGCAGUCCUAAAUAAUUAGUUCGUGAGCCAGUGUUGUUCAAGAUUUCCUGAAAUCAGUAGUAUAUGUUCAACAGUAGGGUUGUCAGAUUUAAGGCCUAAUCUUUACCACAGCCCACAUUUAGAUCUGCUAGGGCUUGGUAGCUAUGCUGUAAACUAUCUGACAUACCAGUGAUUGCUGCAGUAUGCUUUAAUACAGAUCUCUGCUCAUGCAGUGCGGAGUGUGGAAUUUGUAAUUUGCCAGCAUUUGCAGUCAAACCGGAAUGGGUAAUAGUGACCCUGGAGAGUUGUAUGGCAAGGUAGUUUAAGCUGCCAGGAUGUUUUUUGUUUUGUUUUGACAUAAUGAAGAAAUUUGGGGUGGGGAACAGUGCCAUGUGGGAAGGAGAUUAAGCUGAUGAUAAGUUUGGGAUUGACUAUGGGAAGUAGCAUAGGUGCUGUUAAAAGUGGCUUUGCAAAGCACAGUGUGGGUGGAAGGGUUUGGAUGGAGAGGGGUAUUUGAAGAAGCUGACAUCCAGCUUUACUGCUAUUCUUGCUCUAAACAACUGAUUGGAAGGGAAGUGUAGUUACAGAAGGGAACAUUUGAAUAUGAAACUAUUGUCCAUAUGAGAAUUAUGGGAAAUGUGGGGAUCUGAAGACACAUUAUCAUCUGAGUCACUUUAAACCUACCAAGUAAAAACAUAAUAACAAAUCAAAUAGCAAACUCAGUUCUCCAUGUGUGGGUACUUAAGAUGGCUGCAUCCACAUAUGAGGGAGAUGGUAGGAAGCUUGGUGAAAAUCUCAAGGGUUGCAGGAGCACAAAAAAGAGCACUUUAAAAAAAGAACUCUAAUGGGGUGGCAGAAUAGCCAUUUGCUUCUUACCUCAGCACCCCCCCCCCACGAGGCCAGAAUAUUAAUCCAAGAUUAUUGUUCUAGGCUGGCCAGGGUCUUGGACAAGAGCACUCCUAGGCACAUAUUGAAGCAUUUUUUUGUGAGUUCCACUGUAAUAAUAAGUUCCCCAUCAUGUUUCUGAUGCUUCUGUCACCUGAUUUGUUCUGUUAGGAUUAUUUUAUUGUGCAUUUUCUUUCUUUGCUUCAGAGCUCAAAACCUUCAAGAAUCAAAAAAUAAAACUGUAGAAGAUGCACUUCGUCAUCGAGAGGUAACUGUGAAGAACAUUGAAGAGACUUACGACCAGAAACUAAAGAACGAACUCCUAAAGUAAUUAAUUUGCCUGUCUCCUUCAGUGACUGCAUAUGAUGCACAUAGAAAAGUAGUUGCAUAGUAGAGACAGACAGAAUAUACUAAUAAGUGAAACAUUUAUGGAGCAUUUUUAUAUACUAGGGAUGUUUCUGUCAGUCUGAUGUGAAGAGAUGGAAUUUGGAGCUCUUGCCCUAUGGACAAGAGGAGAGUAAUGGAAGCAGCAAGCCUAUAGAGGUUUCUUGUUCAUCCUCUUGCAAUGACCUGAAACUCUACUAGGGCAGGGGUGACUAGCCCACAGGUCGUAUUUGCUCCCCUAUAUUUUUUUGUACCGUACUUUUCUGUAUGUAAGAUGCCCCCAUGUAUAAAAUGCCCCCUAUUUUGGGGGACUCAAAUUUAAGAAAAUGGGGGAGAUGGCACAAAGCUGUUGAGCUUUUUUGGGGGGGCGGGAUUACCCAGGGUUGUUGAGCUCAUCUGUUCCCUCGCCAGUAGAAGCUGCCAAUUGCCUGCCCAAUUGCCGCAGCGUCGGCCACUAAACACCACCCAUUGACACAGCAACCAAUAACAACCAAUAAUAGCCGCUGACAGCCAUGGCAGAAACCAAUCAAACGUACACCCUAUGCACUCCCCUUGUAUAAGACGACCUCCACUUUUUAGCAUGAUUUUUAGAGAGAAAAACCUAAUUUUCUACACAGAAAAGUACGGUACUUCACACAUUGCCCAUGCCCACCUCUAUACUUCAGUCCCUGGAGUGCUGACCAAAGGGCAAUGUGAUCCUCUGCCUUAAAAAGGCUAGCAAUUGCUGUUUUAGGGAUUUAGAUUUUAAUUAGGAGAUGCUCAAAUAUUCAAUAUUUAAUCAGGAGAUGCUCAAAUAUUUAAACUCAGAUUAAAUUUUGUAGGCUUGUCAUGAUUGAAGGAAAUGCUGCUGGCCAGGGUACACAGAUAUACUGGCCUCUUUCCUCCUGUGCCAACUUUGAACAAAAAGAAACCAAGAGUGCAGUUUUAAGCAAAUUUCAAUUGAGUUCAUCUGCUUGGAUUCAACUAGCUGUCAAUUGUGUUUAGGACUAUAAUUUUAUAUAUGGGUUCUCCCUCUGAUUUGAAUCUGAAGAUUGAACAUGGUUAGUUAUCCAGGAUAAAGCUACUAUGACUUUAGUUAUAAAGACACAUGGAAUUGAAGCUGACAGUGCUUAAUCAAUUAAAAGUCUUCAGUAAUUUGGCAACACUCCACAAUGCUUUUUAUUCUUAGGUAUCAGCUUGAACUAAAUGAAGAAUACAUAGCUAGAACCAAGAAAAUUACUGAAGAUGAGAAAAAAAUUAAAGGUGUUUUUUAUAUCUAUCUCUCUAUUUUAAAAAAACCUACUACUCAAAAAUAAAUGUUUGACUUUUAUUUAAUGAAAUAUGUCUAAUAUAAAACUUCCCUGUUUUUGACCAGAUAAAGCUAUGCUUUUGCAUGAAGAGACCAUUUCUCUUAAUUCAAAAAAGCAAGAAUUUGAACAUGCUGUAUCACAUUCAAAAGAGCUUGAGGUAAUUGAAGUUAAAAUGUCUGUUUUAGCAAUAUAUUUUUACUACCUUUAUAAUUCAGAUGAAUAAAUUAUCCAGUUAUAUCCUGGAAGAGGUCUACUAACUCCCCCCCCCCCCCAAUAUGGUAUUUGUUUCCAGCUGGAAAUAGAUUCAGUCAAGGCUCAAGUUUUAUUAUUAAGCAAGCAAAAUCAGUUGAUGACAAAAAAACUGGAAGAAGUCUCAGAUUAUCCAACACUAAAAGAAGAGAAAAUGGAACUUCAGGUGCAGAAUAAGCUACUCAAACAACAGUUGGAAGAGGCUCGCAAUGAAAACUUGGAACUCCGAGACAGUUAGUGUGAAUCUAAUAUUCUUUGAAAAAAAUUAUUAGCAAGAUUUGCAAAGAAAAUACAUUUUAGAAAUGUAAUAGCAUCUCUGCUCUUUUAUUUGUUUCUCUGUGUUAAAUAUCUAUUUGUUUUUCUUUUGUAUUUCUGUCAUAACCAAAUGGGUUUUUCAGGGUUUUCAUAGUGCUUCAGGAAGUAACUCCUAAAGUCCAAAACUACUUAUCUGCACCUAUCUUUUGCAAGACUGUCACUGGACCUAUUGAAUAGUGACAAUGACAUCAAUGGGCUUUCUUUAAAAUUGUGUUGCACAAGAUAUAAAAUCUGGAGUAGCUAGCCAAAGGCUAAAGCAUAUGUGCUUUGCUGAUUACAGUGGUGCCUCGCAAGACGAAAUUAAUUCGUUCCGCAAGUUUUUUCUUCUUGCGAGUUUUUCGUCUUGCGAUGCACGGUUUCCCAUAGGAAUGCAUUGAAAAUCAAUUAAUGCGUUCCUAGGGAAACCGACUUCAGACCAGGUCCGGGGACAGUCUGUCCCCGACCUCUUCUGAAGGCUGGGGGGGACAAGGGCUUUUCUUCCCACCCACCCCAGCAUUUUAAAACCCCGGGACAGCGGAGGGCUUCUCCGCUGUCCGGGGCGAUCUUAAAAUGCUGGCGGGCGGCAUUUAAAAUUGCCCCGGGACAGCGGAGGACUUCUCCGCUGUCCGGGGCAAUUUAAAGCCCCUGGGAAGGCAGGCAGGGGGACAAAGGCUUUGCCCCCGCCAGCCUUCAGAAGAGGUCCUGGACCUCUUCUGAAGGCUGGCGGGGGCAAAGUCUUUGUCCCCCCACCUGCCUUCAAAAGCUGUCCAGCCAAGGCUUCGCGGACCUCUCCGCAAGCAGCGGCAGCACUGCCGCUGCUUGCGGAGAGUUGCCGGCAUGCCGAAGCCUGCGCGCGCUGAGAUCAGCGCGCCCAGGCUUCGCGGACCUCUCCGCGAGCAGCGGCAGCGCUGCCGCUGCUUGCGGAGAGUUGCCGGCAUGCCGAGCCUGCGCGCGCUGAGAUCAGCGCGCCCAGGCUUCGCGGACCUCUCCGCGAGCAGCGGCAGCGCUGCCGCUGCUUGCGGAGAGUUGCCGGCAUGCCGAGCCUGCGCGCGCUGAGAUCAGCGCGCCCAGGCUUCGCGGACCUCUCCGCGAGCAGCGGCAGCGCUGCCGCUGCUUGCGGAGAGUUGCCGGCAUGCCGGAGCCUGCGCGCGCUGAGAUCAGCGCGCCCAGGCUCCGCGGACCUCUCCGCGAGCAGCGGCAGCGCUGCCGCUGCUUGCGGAGAGUUGCCGGCAUGCCGAAGCCUGCGCGCGCUGAGAUCAGCGCGCCCAGGCUCGCGGACCUCUCCGCGAGCAGCGGCAGCGCUGCCGCUGCUUGCGGAGAGUUGCCGGCAUGCCGAAGCCUGCGCGCGCUGAGAUCAGCGCGCCCAGGCUCGCGGACCUCUCCGCGAGCAGCGGCAGCGCUGCCGCUGCUUGCGGAGAGUUGCCGGCAUGCCGAAGCCUGCGCGCGCUGAGAUCAGCGCGCCCAGGCUUCGCGGACCUCUCCUGCCUUCAAAAGCCGUCCGGGAUAGCGGGAAGCGCUUCCCUGCUAUCCCGGACUGCUUUUAAAAUGCUGGCGGUGGGGAGCAAAGCCUUCGGCCCCCGCCAGCCUUCCUGGACCUCUUCUGAAGGCCGGAGGGGGGGGGAAGGCUUUGCUCCCCACCGCUAGCAUUUAAAAGAGGUCCCCGGAGAUUUCCCUAUGGGCUUUCGUCUUGCGAAGCAAGCCCAUAGGGAAAUUCGUUUUGCGAAGCGCCUCCAAAACGGAAAACCCUUUCGUCUAGCGGGUUUUCCGUCUUGCGAGGCGUUCGUCUUGCGGGGCACCACUGUAUAUACAAAUGACUGUGAUUCAAGCAAGGAGCUAAAAAGAUGACCUCAGAUAUAGAGGGACCUCAAUUGGCUUGGUUAUAUGCCCUUAUUAUAAGUUGUGUAUGUCAAUGUGUAUAUUAUGUACUUUAGUGUUUUGAUGCCCCAGAGGCUAAGAUAGCCAAAAACACAGAACAAUGACUCAAGUUUUUGAAGGAGCUUCACCAAUAGGACUUCAUAAGGCCUAUCUGCAGUCCGCUGUUUGCUCCUCUCCUUGGUUUGUUGUGCUGUGCUGUCCUCAGUAUCCAUGUUGAUUUGUGCAAAACCCACAUCAAUGUUUUUCUGAUUAUUGGAUGGAACCUUAUUAAUCUUUCGUUAAGUCCUGAUUAAUGCUAAGAAUAAUGUUCAGUGACUGCCUGCAUCCAGGGCUUUCCAUGAGUUAAACCAUUUGAAUCAUAGCACGGGACGCUAAAGAGUGUACAGUGGUACCUCUGGUUACGUACUUAAUUCGUUCCGGUCCGUUUUUAACCUGAAACUGUUCUUAACCUGAAGCACCACUUUAGCUAAUGGGGCCUCCCGCUGCCGCCGCACCGCCGGAGCACGAUUUCUGUUCUCAUCCUGAAACAAAGUUCUUAACCCGAGGUACUAUUUCUGGGUUAGCAGAGUGUGUAACCUGAAGCAUAUGUAACCCGAGGUAACACUGUAGUUGGGUGGUCUGCUACAGAGUAUCUGUUUAUCAGAUGCAGUGUUUCCUGGCAAGGUUAGAUUUUAACUUUAUCCCUCCCCCCCCCCUUUAUAGAGUUGAGUCGGCCAUCAGCUGAAUAUUUGGUCCUUGAGGCAGAGCUGAAAAGAGCAAAACAUGCUAGGAAGCUUGAAGGUGAAGAAUCUGACACUCAUAAGCAGCUCUUGGAAAAACAGUUACAAAAUGAGGUAAACGUGCCAUUUUGUUGUUGUUUACGCUCGUUCUUCUAAAAAAUACUUUUUUAAACACAAUAGAAUCAGCAUAAAUUCAUCAACCACAUUUUCCUCACUCCAAAUUAUUAAAGUCUAAAACCAGUGUUAAAAAAUACAGUCUGAUCCUGCAAAAGCAGUGCACACCCUCUACACUUGUAUUUGCUGCUGAAUUGAGAACUCUUUGCAUGACACUAAGUAAAUUGUUAGUGUUGUAAAUGCUUACUGUGCUAAUAUUAUACUUGAGGAAUUAGACAACUAAAUUCUCCGAAAUAAAGGCCAAGUGUAGACUCUACAUUCAUAUUCUUCAUUUCUCUAGAUGAGGAACUGGUGGUCUCAAAAUCAAAAUAUCUGUUUCUCUCUGCCUGCCUUCCACCAGUUCAUUCAUUUGAGACCUGGGGGGCUGAUUGUUCAUUUGUAACUAUAUGGAUUAUUUGCUUCAGUGUGUUAAGAAUGCUCUUGAAUUAGUAAGGCAUUUUGUCUCUGAAAUCUUUUUAGAUUGAACAUUGUGUACAGCUGAAGACUCAGUUGUCGGAAUGUGAAAAUACUAUCAGGAAGUUAAAUACACAAAUGGAAGACCUUAAGCUACAACUGAAACAGACACAGACAGGUUUGAAAAAUCCUCUCCACUUUUGGGCUAACUCAGAAUAAGAUCAGGCUUUAUUUAGAGCAAUUUUAUUUAAGCAUUGGAGCAGAUUGAAAUAAUACACAUGAAAAAUGUCAUGUAUUGGUUUUUUUUGUAAAAGUCUGAUAUUGUGAUUUUUAAAAUUUAAAACAUUUUUUAUUAUGGAGAAAGAUCUUGACCAUAUGUAGACAAUAUCUGACAGUUCAGAAACAGAAUCAGCAAAGAUUCUUGUGGCAUCUUAAAGAAUAACAUUUUUUUAUGGACUAAAGGCUCCUUUCAUGAACUAAAGGCUCCUUAAUCAGAGCCAAGAAAUGAAAAGAGUCUAUGCCAUUUUUAGCCAGAAACCUUCCAUAACUAUAUUUUAUUUCUCCCAACUCAGAUUUUCUUAUUUACCCCCCCCCCAUUCCUUUCUGUUACAACAUUCUUUGUUUGAAAUCACAAUUUCUGAAAUUCAGUUGAGUCCAAUUUAAAUGUGGCUUUCUGUGUAUUUGGUUGCGCCCCCCGCCUUGGGUACCUUACUAUAGCUUUAAGAGACCUCAUACUCCUUCUCAGAUCUUGAAAUGACUAGGCAAAUACUUUCAUUAUACUUCUAUAUUUGAUUUUAAACAUUUUCUUCUUGUGUGUGUAACUGCCUUCUGCUGGUAUAGACAGCUCUUUGGAUCUAACUCUCUUCUUUUGUGGCUCUGACAUUUUCAGCUUAAUUUGAAUAUUUUCUGUGCAUUUUGUUUGAUCAUACUAACUUUAAAAACCUGAAAUAAAUUUGAGGUUUUUUGCUAUAUUAAAUCAUGUUGGAUUUGUGUGUAGAAUAACUAUAUUAAAAUGUAAGGUAAGUUCAGUUUUCAUUUUUGCAUGCUAAUUAUACAAUGACCAAAUCAAAAUUUGUCUUAAAUUGUUUUCUUUAUCUCUAUUAAAUUCUUGCCUGUAGCAUUAGAGAAUGAAGUGUAUCGGAAUCCAAAGCCCUCUUUGGUUGAUCGUUCUGUCAUUGACUUGUUUGGUGACAAGACUGUACCUCCUGAUAUUUAUAUAGAUGGUGCUUUCCUGAAAACACAGCCAAUGGCUGAUUUUAUUGGAAUGGGAAAUGGUACAAGCCCCAGACAUCAUCACCACAUACUGAAAUCUAACACUUCACAAGAUUCUGAUUUAGAAUUUGUAGCUAAUACAAAGGCUAGAAUAAAAGAAUUGGAGAGAGAAGCUGAAUAUUUAGAAGAGGCCUACCGGAAUUACCAAUACAAAGCCAUUCAAACCACAGCUGGCCCAGCAAAAACCACAUUCUCUUCACCUAUGGCAAGUAACAUGGCAUCUCGCCAAAGACUUUGGUUUGCACAGGAUGAUCUAUAUUCCCAAGAAUUACCCUUUCACUGCCAAAAAAAUAAAAGCUAUAGAUGGACACCAGGAAAUGGGGAUCACUUGAAAGAUCAUCUAACCCCUCCACGGAAGAAGUCUACUUCUAGACGUCUGUCUUCUACUCCUGUUUCCAAAGCAAAGAGAAAUAUUAGUAACAAGCUGUUUUCUGAAGGUAAGCAAUUUGAUAUUCAUGAAUUAUGAGUGAAGUUGUUGCUUUGUGUGGAUAUCAAGAGCUACUGAUAUUAAGAGUUUUCUGCCGUGAUGGUUCCUUCCCUUGGUCCAUUUCUACUUGCUGCAAACAUGGAAAUGCUGUUUUUCAUCUAACCCCCUUUCAAUGCCACAAGAUUUAUCAUUGAAACUGAUAGUCUUUUACUUGCUGACUCUCUGUAGUCUGUGUGUGUGUGUGUGUGUGUGUGUGUGUGAGAGAGAGAGAGAGAGUGUGUACGUACACACACACACACACACACACACACACACACAGAGUGUACUCUGAUUAAACACUCUCUUGCUCCUGCUAUUUAAUCAAAACAUGGAGAUAAACUUAAGUGAGAAGUACUGUGCAGAAAAAAAUAUUUUGUAUUUUUUCCGCAAUGAACCAAUUUUUUCUAAUCUGAAAACCAGUGUUAGAGAGUACCAAGCCUAUCUUUUAAGCACCCAAAGUCUUCCAAUGUUCCUGUGUUUUUACCCCUCCUUAAAGUAUUUUGUGGUUUUCCAGGAACGAUUUCCAAUGCACAUCACUGGUAUUAAGUGUUUUGUAGCUUACAGUAGCUGUUCAGAUACUAUUGCACAGUAAUAUGUGGUUGCCUUCUGUUCUGCAGAUACAGUUGCCUCAUCUUUUGCUGCCCCUCAUCAGAAUGCAGACCAACCUCUCUCCCCCAUUCAAAGAACAGGCAACCUUUCAUCUCCUGAACAUGCUUCUAAUAUAUCAGUUUCUUCUUCCCUAGCCUCUUGCAAACAAAAACUAAGGUAAUGUUUAUAUAGGGGCGAAAGAUCUUCAGCUAUAUCAUGUCCCAUAUUUGUGUAUUACCUGUUGAUAUCCGUAAUCAAAACAUUCUUCCAAGAGAAUGGUUUAUCCUCAGGCACUUUAGUAGUUACAGUAUUUUUUUGUGUGCUGCAUUUUUAAUACAUUACAGAAACAUGGAGAUAUACCAAACAUUUCCUAAUCCCUUAUACAAGCUGUGUGGUUUUUUUUGCUGCUGAAGGCUGUGCCCUUGCAUUCAAAAAGAGAUGGAGAUAGUAGUGGGCCUCUAACAUGCAGACUCGGGGGUAGUGGUGAGUGAGUAGAGGUUGCUUAACUUUUGUGGGUCCAUAUCCUGACCAUGUUCCACUUUGAGAGCUGUAUCCCAUAAGAGUUGGUGUGUUUGGUAAUAGUGCAUCAGGAAGAAGGUAGAGAGUACUGUACAGUGGUAUGCAAGUUGAUAAAAUGAUGAGGCAACCUUGCUAUUGUGAAUAUGAGAUCAUGAGUUUAGAUAUUGGAUAGUAUGACUGAAAUCUGAAUUAUUAGAACACUUGGACAGCAUGGAAGUUGUCAUCCAGACUAUAGAACCUCACUAUGGAGGAACCUCGCUAUGGUUUUUCCCCUCCAUACAACCUUAACUCAGUUUUCUGAUGGUUGAUGCUGGCAUAGGGAAGACUGUGCAUAAAGGCUCCUCCUGCAAGAGCAAAACAAAGAGCUUUAAUAAACUUUUCUUGUAACUAAUGUUCAUGUCUUUGUAUGUUAUGCCCAUGGUGUGCUCUGCAGAUGUGACACAGGGCUAUUAACUUUACAUUUUAGAAACUUUUCUAAACUAAAUAUAAUCGCUUUUCUCCAUAUCCUUCCUUCCUUUUAGCCUUCAUCAGCAGCAAGGUGAAACUCAGGGUGUUAGUGACUCUGCAAAACCUGAGAAGCUCCUGUAUAAAGACCUUGGAAAUGAUGACUCUGACCUUGGAAAUGAUGAGUCUGCCAGUAAAUGUAAGUUUUUACUAUAUUUUUCAGAAAGAAGCAAUGCAGAAAUUUUAUAUCUGGGAGCCACCUUUUUUUUAAAGCCAGAAAUCACUUAAGUAUGACUCUUGAGGGGUUUUUUUUUGGCUUUUCAUAACCUCUCGACGUGUUCUAAGGAAAUGGGGGUGUCUUUUAAGCCACCCCUUUUACCAAGCAACUGUGUAAUGGUCUUAACAUAUAAAAUGCAUAGAAGUGAAGCCUAGCCUAAUCCGUGUGUGUGUGUGUGUGUGUGUGUGCGCACGCGCAAAUGUUAGUGGGAAUGGUAUUGGACGUUGUAUGAUUUACACAUUGGGCUUGGGAACCCACAUUAGUAGAAAAGCAAAAUAUGCAGAAGCUGAAGCUGUACAGGUUAUAUUGGUGAGGCCUUUUAAGAUCUCCAUUGCUGGCAUAGGCAAAGUAUGAAGUCAGAGCUUUGGGAAACUCUGGCACUCUCCUGAUAGACAUUUUAGUAUAUUUGAUGUUUGCCACAACCUGGAAAUGAAAAACUAGAGAUAGUUUAAAACUGAGCUUUUCAAACUGUGUGUCGUGACCCAUUAGUGUGUUGGCUGCAGUGUGUAGUUGUGUCACGCAAAUGCUCCUUGCGCUCCUUCCGGGGCUGGAAAGGGAUUACUUUAACUUCCGGUUUGCUAGUAAAACUGAAUUACUGUUUUGCAAAACGAUGCAUGUCUUAAAUGUGUGUCACCAACAUGAAAAGUUUGGAAAGCUCUGGUUUAAAACUUAGAAGAUGUGAUGUAAAAUAAUGAGAUUUAAUGAAAGCGAAAAAUGUUUGAAUUGGAUAAUGCACAGGGAAAACCAGUAAGUGCAUGAAAGAGGGGGUUACAGCGCUGGAUAUACAGUACAAACUAUAAUUUUGGUUGGACAGAACUAUUGAGGGAGUGCAAAUUAAAACUUUGCCAAAAAAAUGCAACUAUAACUUAUUGGCUUCUGCUGCCAUCACACAGUUCCUUGUGUUGAUUCUCUCAGUGUUUGUAGAUGGAUAUGAAAGGAUGGAUGGGCACAUGUGUACACAUGUAUACAUUAUCACUGGCAGCAGAGGUUUGGCUGAGGAGGGGGGGCAUGGUAUACAAAAAUAUUGUAAGAUGUGUGGCAUGCUGCAUGUGACAGGUACCUCAUACUAAUCGUCUGGAUAUUGAGCCUGUAAAUUAGCCAGGUUAUGUUUUGAUAUAAUCUGUUUUGGGGAUGGAGAACCUUUGGCACUUCAGAUGGUGUUGGACUGUAACUCCCAUAAGCCACAGCCUAUGUGGCCGUUGCUUAGGGGUGAUGGCAGUUGUGGCCCUACAGAUGUUGCUGUUCCUUAUAAAAACAAGAUGUAUAUAAUAACAGUAAUGAAAAACCUGAUAUUAAAAGAUAACAGACUGCUGCUUUCUGACAGAACCUGUUACAGUGAUGUUUAUGUAUGGUGAUAGAGGAGUUGAAACAACUGUAGAGGGACAUGAUUCUUGCAAGCCCUACCAAACACCAAUAAACUCCAGCCUGAGAAAAGAGGCAAAACUAUAGGAAACUUGAAAGUUUUGUUUUAUGGAAGUGACUCAAAUGCAACCAGGCUCUCCAUAUUUUGCAUUCAUGCUUGUGUCUCAUUGGUGGAUUUUAAUCCUACAAAGUCCACAUUGAGUUGAAGCUGUUUUGACUCUUUGCUUAGGAAACAUAUUGUAAGAACUAGUUUCCAAGCCAGACAGUCCCAUGAUUCUGAUUAAAACAGCCCAUUUGAAGUUUCUUCAUUCUUAGGGUAAUGGUUGGCUUGGCCAAGAAGAGCACUUAAUUAAUGGCUUACACUUAUGCAUUCUGAACUCAGUCAUUCCCACACUGUGUCCAUUUCUUUGCCCUGCUUUGAUAAUUGCAGAAUAAUGAGGGCAUUGUUCCUACUUCUCCUCUAGAUCAAGAGGACAUUCCAGAACAGCUCGAAAGCGAUGUGUCACAUCCAUCUCACAUUGUUAGUGGAAGCCAUGUUCCGGCUACUGUGCCAGCAGCGGGCACUUCACAGCAGGACAUAAGUGAGUUUUCAGCUCAAACAAGUGUGAAUAGCCAUUUUAGAUGGCUUGUUUAUCAAAGUAUAUGGAAACUGAAGCUUUUGCAGCUAUUGUCUGAAAUACAGUAAAUGGUAUUAUUUUAAACUGGCUACUGUCCAUAACAGAAUAUCUUCAUAAUAUAUUUCAGUUUAGAGCUGCUUCAGUCAACUUAAGAACAUAAUUUUUAAGCUUUUCCAUACCUGUAACAGGAAGGCACACAAGUAUGUUAGACAUUUGAAGAUAAGGCAACAAGGGUAGAGGGCUUAACAAAGGAACCUAGGGGAACUCGAGAUGGGUGGGGAGUGAGUUUGAUAGUAACUAUUCUCCCUGCAUAGUGACCACUUUCAACAAUUUGUAUGGAAAAUGGGGAUUCCAGAGGGCAAAUGUUGAGAGAAACAGAAGCUCUAUGAAGUAACAUGUUUCUUGUUUGCAUAUUGGGGCAGUUGAAAGGGUAAUAUUUGUGACAGGGAGCCCUGCAGCAGUCCUCUUCUCAAGCCUGCUAUUUCUGUUAGACAGCUGAAACUGCUGUACUUGAAAUUUUGUUUUGUUUUGUGACAUUUCAACAAAAUGUACCCUAACUAUUAAUAUAUUUCUGUACCCUACUGCACCAUCAUGAUGACUAGGCACAGGUAGGUUUUCUGUAGCUUACUGAUCUUGCACAGUCUUAUGUAGAGAGUUUAUUGGGCAGCCAUAGAGUUGGAAAAUCACCAGUAUACAUUAAAUGGAGGUAAAGGAAGCUGAAUACAGUUUGGGCAGGACUUGACAUAUUCUGCUUCUCUGGAUUAAUUAGUCUUUUCUAUGCACUGUUAAGUACCUAUCUGUUUGGAAUAAUAUGCAUCCAUAUACUUUAACUGUGUUUGAUUUAAUGCUUCGGAAUGCAAAACUGUCUUUCUUUGCUUAAUACUGCCCUCUAUGUAUUAGGUGGAGCAGAAAUAACAGCCCUGGAGAAACAAAAGCAUCCUGAAGAACAGGAGGAAGAAGAGGAGGAGGAGGAGGAGCAGGAGGAGCAAAAAUGGGAAGAGAGGGAAGGAAAAAGGCAGCAAGAGAGGCAGGACACUUUGGAAAGAGAGCAAGGAGAACUGGAAAAAGCAAAUGAAGAAUUGGUAAUGCAUUUCAGAGUCUUGGUGAUUUAAAAUAGUUAUUAUAAACUAAAGAGUACUUUCUUUUUCUGGACCAGGACUGUAGAUACAGGCAGCCCCCCCAUUUACAUGCGUCCAGUAUGUGUUUGAUCUUGUAAACGCACAUCACGCCGAACCCAGAAGUGACCUGGAAACGUCAUAAAGACAUCACUUAAAGGGCACAAUGGGGGUGGGGUAUUUGCAGGCUUUUUCAGUGGGUUUCAGUUAUACGCAAUUGAACCGAUGCACACAGUGCCUCGGAACGUAAACCCUGUGUAAACAGGGGGGCUGCCUGUAUAGACAACAGAUUCUCAGAGGCAGUUUUGUGGAGUGGCCGUUGUGUGUAGUGUGCUGAUAGAAUUUCUGCAGAACUUGUUUUCCUUCCAGUGGAGAUUGAUAGAUCAGAAGCUAUUUGCCACCUGCCAUUUUACCACCAUAUUGAUUUGCCAGGGAUAUGAGUAAGCUGCUGUAAAGCUGCAUUAAAUUGGGUUUUCCCUGCUCUAUUAUAUCUCCACUAUACCCCAACCACCCUGGUUGAACAGAAAUCAAAUUUAUUAUGUUGGAUUAUUCAUAGUGCCUCGGUACUGGGAAAAGGAAAGUGUUUUACAAAAAAAUAAACUGGACAACCUUUGAAUAUUUCCUUUUGGAAGAAUGAGAUGGUUUAUAGAGCAGCUAUUUUUGAAGCUCUUUGUGCAGAAUAGGAAUUUUUAAUAAAUGAUCACUUCUGAGAGUAUGCUCUCUUGGGGUGCUCUGAUGAUAGGAGGCUGCAGCCCUGCUACUUCUAAUUGCAGACUGGAGUCCUUCCCAUCCAGUGGACUUCCUCAUGAGGAACUAAGUGGUCAGCAUUUCGUACCAUUUUUGUAAUAAAACCAAGAUAUGGCACAUUAAUCUGACACCACCAAAGAUGGAAAGUAAACUGCAUCAGUUGUUCUUAGUAUAUGUUCUGGGGAAAGAGGGACCAGUACAAACAUUCUCUUGGAGAACUGACUUUCUAACAAUACUUUGCAUUUAGCUGUUUUACUUUUUUAUUUAAGUAUUUCUAAACCACCAUAUAAAAUAUCAGGACUGUGUGUAACAUUAAAGACAUAAAACACCAUUUGAGAAAGCAAAAUACAGAUAAUGGUUAAGGUCACUGGCAAAUCAAAAAUUAAGCUGCUACAGUGAGCUUUCAACAUUAAUAAAAGGCCUUCAAGAGUCACCUGAAAGUCAGUAGCAAGGGUGCCUGCUGAAUCUGCUGGAAGAAUGUUCUCUAUAGCAUGGGAUUGCAACAUCAAAUGCCCAACUUCUGGUUGAGGCCAGUUGCACUUCUGUAAAAUGGGUGAUUUGAUAAUCAAAUGUAGUUUAGUUCUGGUUGAAGUAAGCCACUUAUUGAUUACUGUGAGGAUUUAACUUGUGUGUGAAGAGACAUCAUUAUUGCAGGCAAUUUGCUGCAACUAAUUUUGUGCUGUUUCUUUUAUAUAGUCCUUUAAGAUCCUUAUAAAACUAUAGGAUGCUGAGUGUAGGUAGGAUUAUGUUACCAGUGGCCCACAUUUAAGUGGAACAUUCCUUUCUUCUCUGUUAAAAUGUUUUAUGGUGUUCAUUCUUUGGUUUCAUAAAAGUGUAUGCAAGAGUCAGUGGAAACUGAGAAAAAGCAUGAAGAUGUGGCAGAUUUGGAAGCCAUUAUCUCAAAGUCUGAAGAGCAUGGUGGUGACGCUAUUCCUAAUCCACUGGAAAAAUACAUGAAAAUAAUACAGCAGAAUCGGGAGCAGGAGUUUGCAAAUGAGGUGAUGUCCAUUAUUCUUACAUCUAAUGCCCUGGCUUUCUUCCAUUAUGGACCCCAAGGUGGUAUACAUGUGGUUUAUAGGAGGUCUCACAUCUAGGUUCUGAUCUGAACCAGAUGUGCUUAGCGUCAGCAAGAUGGUGGUUUAAUGCACCUGAGAUGUAUUAGUUUUGGAACUCACGCACUCCAAGAACAAUCUCAGUAGUUCCUUUGUCUUUUUCACACUGGACAAGCAAGCAUGCAAGAUAGCAUAUACACAACCAACUAAAGAGUAGAACAAGAUCUGAUUAAUUUAAAAUGUUGAGGUCUAGCUUUUGUUGUAUCAGAAACUUGGGAUAUAAAGUCUACCUUAUGUUUCCCCCACUUGAGGUCAUUUAAUAGUGUAUUGCCAAAUUAUUUCGGUUAAUAACCAACAAAAAUUUCCAAUGUACUUGAUUGUUGUUGCAAACCUUGUGGAUAUUUGCAGUUAAGCUGAUUCUUCUGCAGCUUGCUUUGCGGUUAUCCAGAAUUAACCAUCUUCAGCUGAAUUAAUGAUUAGCUUACAAGGACGGAUUCCAAGCCAUCAUACUUCCUUGAGUACAGCUUUUUGGCUUAAUGAGUCAUGCUUCAUGCAUAUACAAUAAAUUUGUAGUAGCCACACUUGAGUUCAGCUUGGCAAAACCUGCUGUUUAUAGCUACACUUUUUUGCUGCAUGAUAUCAAAUUCAAAAAGGAAUAGUAGAAUGAAUGCUGUAAGCAAUCUAAACGAAUCACUGGAAAGCGCUAUCAUUUGUUACUGUGGGGGUGGCUUACCUGUGGCCCUCCAGAUGCUGUUGAACUCCCAACUCCUGGUCUGUGAUCAGUAAUAAUAGGUAUUUGUAGUACAGUAACAGUUGGAGGUUACCCACAUCUGUUCUACUGUUGAUCUCUGUUAGCCAUUUUGAAUUGGUAAUACGCAGUGAUACCACUAUAAUUCCAUCACGCUGCAGUACAGUGAUCUCUACUUGGUCUUGUAACAUACAAAUUCUUGCAUCAAACGACUUUCUUAAUCUUUUAUUCACUGAUCACUUUUGACAAAUACAAGAUCAUUUGAAUUUGGCAAUGAUACUAGAAAAAAUAGUGGGCAAAUACUUAAGUGUGUACAUUCUGGUUUUAAACAGUUUAAACAUACAGGUUUAAGAUUACCCACAGACCUAUGGAGACCACAAAAUUUUGUCUGGAAAAGGUCAUACUAUGGUAGAAAACCAGUAACAGGACACGUGAAAUAUGCCAAACUAAAAAUUCUGAUAACAAAUUCCACUACAAAGCUGUUCAGACAUAAGCAUGCUAUUUCUGAAAUAAAGACCAAAAAACCCCAUUGCAAUCAAUAAGAUUGUGUCUCUAUCAGUGGCUGUUUCAAUUGGUUGAAAGCAGAGAGGAAAGAAGACCAAUUGCCAUUUAGCACCUUCACUCCUAGAACUGCCCCACUCCAGCAGCCAUUCCACCUUGCCAUGUACAAGCUAGAACAUGAAUGUGUGUGUUCACCUUCAUUCCCUCCCUUUUGCAUUGUAUCUGUUAGAUGAUAAUGCAUCGUGGCAGUGACCUGUCCUUUCUACUCUCUGUAUAGCACUUAGGGUAAUUUUAAGUACCUAAUCAUAUUCCUGUUUUUUGAGUAGCAGUGGAAUGUGGAGACCACACAAAAGCAACCAGUAACAACUUUCUUUUCUCUAUUAGGACUUCAAGAAAGAAGCUGAAGUAUUUUCUGAGAAACUCUCGGGUAGUGGAAAGGAGGACAGGUAUGUAUCUUGCUAGUGCUUGACAUGUAUGGUUCAUAUUUAUUUUUCAUUUUUUUAUCAAGUGGGGCCUUUUUGCAUUAAAACAAAUCCUUUCCAUUAAACACUUUUAAUUGCAUACUAAUUGCACUUGUCUGGUAAUCUUUACUGUAUUGCAGUUGAAUUAAGAUUUGUUAAAGUUUUAAAGCAAAUGUCCAAAGAAUGGAUUACAUACUAAGUUUAUUUGAGCAGGUCUCUAUUUAUACAUUGUUUGUGACAGCAGAUGUUGGGGAAGGAGAUUUCACCACAUCCCUGUAAGUGUCCAAAUUAUCCCUCCCCCUAUAAAAACCUCCUCUAGAUGAUUGGGGGACUUAUGAUUUGAUGUGUAUGCUGUGUGAGGGAAGGGUAGAUGAGAAUCAUAAGAAGGAAGUGCAUUAGACUGUUUCAAAAUUCAUUAUUAUCUGUGUUCCAGCUUUAGUGCUGCAGCCACUCUUCAUGGAGAGCCUGAUGAUGAUUUCUGGUGAAUAUUGAUUAGCAGGGACUACCUGACCAGAGAUGUGGACUUCUUUUUCAUCAGAGGAAGCACCACAAACGAGGGUGAGAUUCUGAACAUUGGAAUAUUGCCAUCUGCAUAAUUCAGGAAGAACAUACUAAAAGUAAAACAUUGCUGUUUGUUGGCACAAAGUUGCUAUCAGUGCUACUGAAACAAUGUUUCAGAGAAUUGCUUCCUACCUGAAGAACCAAUUUUAUGUGUUUAAAAUAUGCCAGUACAAUAAAGAUAGCUUUAUAUAGAGGCAGUGGGGGAAACAAUCAAAUCAGGUUGGUUUACCUUGUUAUACAAAUGAGUAUUUUUUAAAAAAUAAAGCAGUAGUCAUAGAAAAUUCUGUGUUUAAAUCUAUUUGAAAUAUUUUCUUCCAGAGUUUAUAUUACAGACUUUACAGAUGAUUGACCAGCUGUCUAUAAGCAUAGCUCAGAGCUCUAGAAUGAAGACAGUGUUUAGACAUUUAAGUUUUGGGGUGAUGUGCUUAAGCAGCUUUAGACUUUAUUGAAUAGUGACGCUUCAAUUUCCUGCUCCUGCACAUCCUUUAGCUACUCUUUAAAAACAAACUAGGGCAUCAGCAAGAGUUCAGUCAAGCACACUUUAAAAAUUAUGUAAGUGCUUGUAAUUGGGACUACUUCCUAUUAAAAGUACAUGGUAUUGAAAACAAUGAUUUACACUAUUAUGGUGUUUAAAUUUUGGAAAUGGCUGUCAUAGUAUGAAACUGGCCUGAAAAAGUGGGGCAACUGUGUCUGAACUCACUAAAAUUGAAUCAUAUUAUCAACUCAUUUUAGAGGAGAGUUCCUUGGGAAAGUGAUGAAAGAAUUAACCCACUUUACAAGCUUUGUAAUUAGUGGGAAAUGCUGGUACAGAUGAAUCGAUGGCACCUGAUUUGUUGAAAUGCCAGAGAUUUUGGAAGUUGAAAUAUAUCCUGGCUUCAUGUAGUUUGACCAUGUUGCACUAAAAUAAUGAAACACACUAUAGAUGGGAAACUUUUGCAGUGAGCUUAUGAGAGAUGCCAGGCAUGCCUCAAGCAGCAGUUCUCCUAAGACAAAGUUGAGCAAAUAGUACUCUGUUUCAAAAUCAAUUACUGAGAACAGGCCCUUGCAGAUGAGCAUCUUUUAAAACACUUUUGCAUAUUUGUGUUUGCUAAUUUGACUGCUCUCAUUUCUUAAGAGACAGAAACAAACAAAUUUAUGUUUAUGUCAAACUGUAUCAAACCUGAACUGUGAAAUACAAUAUUGUUGUUUUUUGCCCCAAAGGUAAACUGAUAGUGGCAAAUCCAUAUACCAAAUAAUGUGCACACUUUUUGAAAGUCAGACUCAGUCCAGAGGCACCCUAGCACUGAAGGAUAUCACAUCUUGAUAAGAUGCAGGGAAAGGUCUAUCUUCCUAUGUCCAUUGGUUGCCAUAUUUUUCAAUAGAUGCUAAAACUUCCAAUUAUGUGUCACCCAAACACUAGCUUUGGGAUGGCUGUCUAUACUGCUACAACUGUUUCAAAACCUUCUUAAAAUAAGCAUACACAAAUAUUGGUUCUAUUAUCUACAAAUAUUUAUUGUAACACUUGGAUAUAACUACAGGAAGCCCUUGGCACUGAUAGAAAAUAUUGAUUCACGGUUAGGUUACAAAAAUUUAUACAUAGCAAAAUUUAAUGCUCUUUACAUAAAAAAUAUUAGACUACUUAAACAAAACUUCAAAAAACUCCCGGUAAAUAGCUACAUAGAAUUAGAAGAAUUAGAAAAGAAUUAGGCUUUAAGACACUGUCCGUUACCUUUAUGCAAACACUGGACUAGUAAGAACAUCACCUGCAUUGCUGUAGAAAUUUGUUUCCUUCAUGCAACAGGUAAAAACAAACACUAAGCUAUUUUUUUAUCUGCUCUAUAUAGAUUUUGCCUCUUUAAAAAGAAAGUCAGAUUAGGCAUGUAACAAACUCAAAUGCAAGGUAAUACCUGAAGUUUUUUCCACAUUAAUAUUUUUUUUUCCUUUAAAAACUUUCUAAAGAAACAUGUGCUUCCUUUAUCUUUAUACACUUCUGUAUGAGCUACAGGAGCAUGUUAAUAUUCAGCAAACGUUCAAAACUAAUCAAACCACACAUUAACAUGGAUGUAUGACUUGACUUUUUUACUGAUUUAAAACUCACUGAUGUACUUAAAGAUUCUCCAACAUUUAUAAUUUUUUUUAUUUAAAAAAAAGCACACCAAAGAUACCAUCACUAGUACUCAAGCUAGCACUGAAUGUUUCUGAAAAUGUUAGAAGGCAGAUUUUGUGGGAAACACUUUUAAAAUGGCACCCAAUAUUUUACUGAACACCAAAUUUCUUAAAAGAGAAAACAAAUAAGCACUGUCUAUAAACGUGCUGAGCACCAAAAUUGAGACGGGUGGUUGACCUGUGCUCUGUAUGGCUAUGGGUUUUUAUGUUCUACAAAUUGUUAUCUGCUCAUUUGAAACAAUUAUAUCAGUAUAAUUUCAACAAGGUAACACUUUCUGUUUUGAUAAAAUACAUGAUAAUGAUCUCCCACUGCUAUAUAAAUGCUUCAGACAUUUAUAGAAAAUAAAUAUUAAGGCAAAGCUGACAUUUAUUUUCUGAGAAGGGGAUCAUUAUCCUGAUCCAAGGGUCUGUCUACAUUCCAUCAAACGGUAUAAAAUUAAAAGAAAACAAACUCUGGGCAACAGUGCCCAGCUUACUCUGGUAAGUGCAGUAGAACAACAGUGGCUCAUUACAGCAUCGGUGAAAGGGAGUGGCUCAGAAAAUAACACUUCUGGCAUUUAGUCCACAAAAUCCAGUUUUAAUUUUGACAGAGACUGAAUAAGAUUAUUUGUAACUUCCUGAAACUGUAUCAAAUAAGCACAACUAUCAGUAUUCAGAAAAAAGGGAAUAACUAGUCAUACUAGAAUCUUAGUUACUUACAUCUGUGUAAUUAUAUACAGCCUUUAAAAUCUUUUAGUCAUUGUAGGGCUGGAUACCAACUGUGGUAGCCUGUUUUGAAAGGAGCGUGUUCCUUUAGUAAUUCUUUUAUAACUGCCAAGAGAUAUCCAUAAAGAUCCUUGACCUGGUAACAUGUUUUUCUAAAGUGGCCUAGAGAGAACCUCUCCCCCCUCCCUCCCCCCCCAAACCCUCCAAUCGCAGUGCUAAAGGAAUGGAGGAUAUCCACUGCAAAUUUUCCCUAUGAUCAUGGCCCAGGAGCAUGAAUGUGAAGUUUUUAUACUUCUGCAUUUGCUUGGACAUGCAUCUGUUCUGCAGAGCAGCUGCUUGAUGAUUUGUCAGAGCUACAAAAUUCUUCUGGCAAACAAUUUAUGUGUAAGAAUUGAGUUGCUCUUUGGACCGAGACUGGAUAUCCUGAAGCUCCUGUUCUUCUUUUGCUUUGAUAUCCUGGUAAGCCUGCAUUUUGCUCGCAUCCUUUAAGUAGGCCCAGUUAGAGGACAGUAUCAUGAGGAAGUGUAUCUGGAAGAGAAGGGUGAGCAUGAUGGCUAGUGAGCAUGUCAAGAGGCAAAGCAGGCAGCUAGUAAGAUUAAUUUUUAAAAGUUAUUCUACAUUAUUAAAUAUUAAAAAAGGCAAAGAGGCUUAUUUCUAAAGAUCUCUAGAAUUUUGCAUGCUUAAUUCUACUAAGUAGGUACUGGCAAAAGUUAGUAGGAAAUAGGAACAAAAGCAGUUAAUGCGAAAGAACAACAGAAACGGAAAAGCUUUGAAAAUACAUUGCAAGUUUACAUGCUGAAGCCUAGAAGAGCAACUCAAGAUAAAUCUGUGAUCGUUUCUUCCUUUCCCUGUUUCUUCCCCCAUCCUCUUGAGUAAAGGAAAAUUGUAAUGUGGAAAUUUUAUAUAGUUAUCCUCUUAGGACAGUUGUGUUUCGCCAUACUCACUGGGGCAAAAAUAGUUUUUUUUCUAAAAUGCAGCUUUCUAUAUAAAAGGGUUUGCUUUGCGUGCUGCAUGGUUAUACUUUGGAAGCUGAUCACUGACAAAUAAGUUAGUAGCACAUAGCCUUUGCCACAAAAGUUGAUGUUUUCUAUUUCUCAUAGGCGAGGGUUGGGGUGGAAUGAACUUGUUUCCAUGCUUUUGCUGCAGAACUGCAUGGCUUUUGUUUCUUAUUUUGGGGGGGAAAUGAAAAUGUCAGCUAAUGAAAAGGGUGUUCGUCAAUGAGCCUAAUUAGUUGUCUCUCAAAACAUUUGACCAGUAAAAACCCAAAGGGCUGGUGUUAUACAGAAAAAAUGAGAGGCAAAUGUGUGGUACUUUAGAAGAGCACUUUGACAGCAAUCUAAAAAGUAGGCACUGACAGUUAUCAAGAAUCAAGCAUGUAUCUUGUGUGCCAUCUAUUUGUAGAACAGAUGCUUUAUUAUUUUUCAGAUUAGUGAACAGCAGAGACAAAAUAACUUAUUACAGGCCCUUAAUUGAUCCAGUAAUUAUUUCAGAGAUGAUUGUUAGAAAAAAAAUAUAGCUUGAUGUUAAAUGAAAGCCCUCCUUCCUUUAAAGGGAUGAUUUACAACAUCACUGAAAAUAACAAUCCUCUCAUAGUAUAGAAAAUAGCCAGCUCUCACCCACAUCAUUAUUCAUAUACAAGAAAUAAAUUUGAAUUAAUCUGAAAUGCUUAAAGAUGCUUACUGAAGCUAUUUACAAUUUACUGUAACAAACUUCAAAAAAGCUAGACUCUUUAGUCUAGGGUGUCAGUGGUUUUUCAAGCUACACAGUGCAGCUCUUUACUGGGCUUAUGCAAUUUAGAAUUUAGUGCAGCAAUCUUCCCGACUCUUAAACUUCAAAACGGCAUAGUUAUAUGUGGUAGCCAUCAUGUAGAUCAGCUGGUGGAAGAGAACAAAACACAGCGUAUAAGAGACAACAAAUUCUACUGGCCUUUUAGGCAGUUCUUUGUGUUAGAAUGAAAAUUUAUACUGUGUCAGGCACGGAUUUCACUGAGAGCUAUGGCAAAAAUGACUAGCUCUGCUUUACCUAAGCUAUGUAAGGGUCCCUGGUUGUUUCAGUGGGAAGUACAUUGAUAAAUUAUGACUUUAAAUGAAUUUGGCAACAGAAGAUUGAAUGCAGGUUGCUGCAACAGUACAUUGACUAUAAAUGGGUCUUGUUUUUAAUCAGACUAACUAGCUUCAGUACAUUCAGGUACUUUUCAUACUCCCCAAAGGACUUAAAGGAAGGAAAGACAGGAGUAUUAAUUAAAACUAUUUUCAAAUGUAGGAAACCUCUGAAGUGUCCUGAUGCUGGGAAGUUCUACAUACUAAUGGCAAAAUAGCUAUAUUCAAAAAUGCCAUAAAUUGGCCAUGCAACAGGAUGGAGGUAAACGAAUAGCAAAAUACAACAGAACCAAAAGAACUAUUUUAAAGCUUGCUUUGGUGCAAAGCUUUACUGGGAAAUGUAAGCACUUGCCUGCUAUUUGGAAUAUCCUGAGAAAACUACAAUCAGGUGCCAACAAACACAAAAAUUAUUACUUAGUUUAAGUUAAACAAUAUUUUAAAGAUUACAUCUGAAAAGGGAAUACGUGGUUAUUUUAUGAGAGAGAGAGGAUGAUGGUACUCACCAGGGCUAUGACAGUAGCACCAGCUCCAGCACACGCCACAAUGAACAGGUGGUAAGACAAAUAGAACUAUAACAGUAAAGAGGAAAAUCAUUGUCCUAGGAGCUCCAUGGCACAUUAACAAAUAUAACUCUUGGGAGGCUGCCUAGUGUGGAGGAAGGUCUGAUUCCAUGAGCCACUGCACCGACAAAUAUUUUUGAGGGGACGUAGUGAGUACUCUGCAAGUCCAAUGUCAAAACCUAUGGCACUUCAAGCUAUUCUGACAAGGAGUCUGUGCCAGUGUUGCUGCAACAUAACACUGCCAGUUGUACCUAAAGGCCAGGUUCCUUCACACAACUGUGAACACAGGUGUGACCAUGAUAGCAUGGAAGAAGCCUAGUGGGAAUCAGAUUCUGCAUACAGGAAACUUCUACUCAUCUCUCUGAUUGCGACUGGAAAAAAAUGUUAGCCUCAGUAACUGGAUGCUGGUCGCCUCAUGUGCAGCUUAUUCAGGGCAAUUUUUAUCCAUGCCAGCCAAGAGAACAGAAUGAACAAAUGCAAAAUUAUUAUUCUGAGUGAGACUAGGGCCACCACCACAGCAGUUCCAUUAGCACCACUCCAACCUCUAUUAACAUUAUUCUAGCCCACAGUCGUAACUGAGGGAUGCUCCACACAUUUAAAAACCUGUGUGCGCCCUUGUUACCCACAUGCAUGGAAUGACAUGGAAGGCAGCAUAAUAAGGCAAACCUGCCCAACCUGCCUGGAAUAGGUGCUUUUAUAACUGGCAGCUGUGUGUUACUGCCUGUCACUAACCCAAUCGCAGUUAGACAAACUGAUUAGGAGGAGAGAGAUGCUGUGGACCACAACAGCCCAGUCAGUAUGAUGCCUUAGCAAUAAAGAUAGGAGACAGCCUAUUCCGAGGGCACUAUUUUUGCAGUUGUUCCUUAUUCAAAGGAAGCCUGGCAUAUUAAUUAAGCAUUGAUUACUUGUCUAUACACCGUAUCCUAGUGUUUACCAUAUUGAUGUGUUUUAUGCAAAAUUGAUGUCGCUUGAUGAAAUAAUUUUUCAGCACUAUGUAUUCCAGCUACUGAAGGGGUGGGAGGAGAAAUACCAUUAUCUCUCAACUGGCUAUCCACAGAACCACUUAACCUCGCAACAAGUAGUGCAGACCUAUAUCCUCAGAAUGUUGUAUCAUUCAUUCUGCAUGAUUAAGAAACCUUUUUUUAACAAAAUAAAUGGCACGAGCAUUAAUGUUUUAGCAGACCAAUUGUUUAUAUCCCAGUUGUCAAGAUAUGCAACACAAGCACCGGGUGUUGUAGUCUCGUUUACCUCAGGGGUGCUGCACAUAUCUGCUAAUGCUGACCCACAUGCCUUGCCAGGCACAGCAUUCCAAGGGAUGAUACCUGAAGUUAAAAUAUCAAAAAGCCAUUGUUAAAGCUGAUAGCUGAUGUCAUUCUUCCUUCUGAAAUCCAUUUCCCUUCCCCACCUACACGCAAGUUGUGUUCCUUUAACAAGCACCCACACAUUGACCAGUUCAAUCUGGAGUUGGCACCAUCAAGUACAAAAUCACUUAACAGUGUUCCCUUUCUACAUCCAGGAGAGAUUCUCCUUGCCAAGAGAUGUUCUCAGAUCUAGGAUUCCCAUAUGGCGGACAAAUGGUUGUUUUAGUCACUAUGGACACUCUUCUUCUUUUUAAUCACUGUCAUAUGCUGUGCUUCCUGACUAUUGAAUGGGCAAAGGAAUUGCUGAAAACGGUGCUUGCAUCUUUACAGGCUCUGCCUUAAACUUUGUGGAUUGAGAUUGCAAUUGUGGUCAAUUGCAGAGGAACUAUUCAGAAUUAUCUCUGCAAGCCACCUCUCUUCCUCCAUUAAAGCCUCUGUUCCUUUUCUUCAUUACUGAUCUUCAGGCCAUUUUCUUCUUGGUGGAAGUAUACCAUGUGGCAGCAAAGUACCUCAACAUAUUGCACUAUAGAAGAUAUUCAUCAAAUAUAUUCAUCUUUGACCUUUUUGGGGGGUGGGGGGAGCUAUACAGCAGUAGGUAUGUGUAUGAGAGUUAUAAAACAAUGGAGAAGUGUGUGGAUCACUAAGCCAUGUGGAGUGAGAAAAACUAUGAGCCAAGGUUUGGGCAACAUGCCAACUCAACAGUCAUGGCAUAGCUUGCAGCAGCACAGAAGCAGCAGGACUAGAGGAGAACAGCUACUUUGUCUUGGAAUCUAUAAGUAGUUCUAUUGGCUUGUAUCCAACUAAGUUGGAUGAAAGUGAGUUGUGUCCAUUAACUUCAAUGGGUUUACUCUGAGAAGGACUAGCAGUGGAUAAAAACCCAUUAUUUCCCAAGCUCGCCUCUACUGUGCCCUCCCCACACAUCUCAUUUCCACCGGCCUUUCUGAAAGAUUUGCACUCUUCUUUAGCCAAUAUCAGAGAAAGUAUGUUAGGAACCUUAAAAUACCUGGAAUCUGGAUGUAACCUCUAGAAGUAAAUUGACUCAACUUCUCUUAUGUGUUCAACUGCCCUGUGUUCUAUUGCCCUUCCUUUUUGGAGGUGAUCGUGUCUCUCACUCCUAAUCCCACACAAAUAAUCCCAGUCCCAGGGGAGAGUGGGGGCUAAACAGUAUUUGUCACCAAAUAAACAUUAAUGAUAGGAACAACUGCAUAGUGUGUGUGACGUUAAUCAGGUAAAAAAGAUCUGUUCCCAUAAUGUGUGAUUCUUGGGUGCACAAAUCUAGACCCCUGUUCCUUCCUCACACUGUUCUGACAUUGUAUUUCCAUUCCAAAACAAAAGGAUAAAUGAAAGUGCUUUGCACGAACACAUACACAAUUCACAUUAUUACAGAAAUAGUAAGAAUAUGCAGAUAUAUAGCUAAAUUCAGGAGACUAGCAUGGUAGGUUUUCAAACUAUUUGGUGAUGGGCUCAGGCUUGCUUAAGCAGUUUAUUUUGCUGAUUGUUUUAUUAUUAAGCCUGAUAGCAUAAUGCGGAUAACAGGCACAAAAUCACUUUAGAUAAAUGACUUGCCAAAUGCAGUUAAACUGGGUGCAUCUGGAAAGAGGUCAGUGUAAUCUGCAUUAAUUGAAAAAGUAAUGACAUGUUCAGAGACUCCACACUUGGUUGCUUUUUGGUUCAUCUCAUAAGGCUAAGACAAACCUGUUGAAGAUAGGACAAGGAAAGAGGAUAAAGCAUUUAAUCAGGAUUAAAAUAAGUACCGUAUUGCCUGAUAUCCACACAGAUCUGGUCCGCUGAAGCUGUCAUAUUUGCUGGGAGUGAUCUGAUGACUUCGCAAGUUGACCAUAUGUUAUAGAACAUGAAGACCGGCACAGCCGAGAAGCCAAAGACGCCAAGCCAGGCCACCCCCAGUACGUAGGUCAGGAAAACAAACUGAGGAGACAGGCACACAUUUCACACAGAAAACCCCUUUCUCAUUAAUUUAGGAAAUCAAGGGUUAAUCUCAUUUACAGUACACACACUCCUGAACUUUAAAAUCCAAGAGCAUGUCACAGUCUCCAUGUCUGAUGUGAAGUCUCGGAUUUUCACUCCAUAGAGACCUUCCCUAUAGCCCGUGUUGCGAUGUUAAAAGCUUGACGUUUUGUUUUAAGUAAGCAAAAGAAAAAACAGCCUGUCUUUCCGAGCAGUAGUCAUUUUGGGAUGCUUUCUUUGUCAUUGGAGUGGCACUUCAUUACUGGGAACUGUGACUUCCUUACAGUAUCUGUGGGUACCUCCCCAUUCCUGCUGUACGCAAUUAGGAUAAGAGGGCAUAGCUUCUAACAACAGGGAGUGCCAGCCUGUUGUCUCGGGUGAGCCAACUGAAAAGAAUGUCAUGCUUCAGCCAACUAAAUUGGACCAAGAGAUGGGGGCAACUUAAUUACAUUUUGGCGGGGCAGGGGGGGGUCUAUAAAGUUAAAAAUGAAGUGCGCUCAGUUAAGGGGGGGGAGAAAUCCCCACCCCCCAAAAAAGCACAACCUGGCUGCAAAAAGCCCAACACUGGACAAAAACACACAAUAUAUAAUGUGGACAUUUUUAUGAAUGGUGUUAAUGAAAACUUUGACAGAACUGUGGCCCACUUAAAAGUUGUAAUUUCUUGGAAGCAUAAACUUGGUAAAAAAGAGGAUUAUGUCCAAAUUAUUUUUGCCUCAUACCUCUCUCCAAUAAAGUACUAUUUGAGAGAGAAAAAGCAGGCAAUUUCACUUGGGAUAAGAAAACAAGCUAUAAUUAAUAUCUAAUUCUCUUGUGACCAUUAAAGGGAGAUGUAUAGCCUCUGCUGUUUAUGUGGAUGACUAAGGUUCAACUGCUAGCAUCUCUAGCUAGGGCUUUCUGAAAGCCUAGAAAGACACUGCUUUCUCUCUUAUCAAAGGCGAGCAUAAAGAGCUGGUGCAAACAACACUGUAGAUAAUGCUAUGGACCACUGGAGUAGUGGCAAUCCAUAUUCCUGCAAUGGACUCACCAUUCCACUGAUGCAGCGGCCACAGAUGGUUGUCUUGAAUUCACCAUGCAGCUCCUUCACAGCACUUGUUGUAUAAAAGCCCUCCGCCAACAGGAUAAUUCCAUACAAGAAAAAAAACGAUGCAAUGCCAUAGAUCACAUACUGCAUUAGUUUUAUUCUGAGAAGGAAACAAACAGGGCAAUCAGACUCUUGUCACUCUGAAAUAAAGUCUCAUUUCAUAAUCAUCCGAGAGCACAAGGACAGAAUGAACAUCUUAGUAGUAAGUUCACAGGUGAGACCAUUUACUAGUUGUGUAAAGAACCAAUGUAGCUGGUCAUAAUUUCCACCAGGUUGCAAGAUUUGGCCUUGGACCAUGCUGGUGGUUGAGGCUGAAAGGAAUUGGUGUCUUCACCAUAUGGAGAGCAGCAGGUUGAGCAAGACUGGUCUAGAUUCUGAUCCAGUUGCUCUUCUUUUAAUGUUGACUUGUCAACUGGAACUGGUUAAGCUGUUGUAGAUUUCUACCUCAUCAUAUUGAAGAAUAAAGGGAACCAGAGCAGAUGGAGAAGCUGAAUUUCACAUACGAACUGAACUAGUCAGUCAAAUCCUCGGAUGAAAACAUCUAGUAUUUAACGUCCUUCUAUACAGCUAUUACACCAUGGGUAGGCCUGGGGGCCAGAUCUGGCCCAAUCGCCGCCUAAAUCAGGCCUGCAGAAGGUCCAGGAAUCAGCGUGUUUUUACAUGAGUAGACUGUGUGCUUUUAUUUAAAAAGCAUUUCUGGGUUAUUUGUGGGGCACAGGAAUUUGUUCAUUUCCCCCACCCAAAAUAUAGUCUGGCCCCCCACAAGGUCUGAGGUACAGUGGACCGGCCCCCUGCUGAAAAAGUUUGCUGACCGCUGUAUUACACAGCCAAAGUUGACCACCAGUAACUUCAAAAAUGCUGCAGCAUCUAAUGCUUACACAUAAUUAAAUAGCCUCAAGCCCUACCCUCACCAGUCACUAUAGAAUAUUUCUUACUGCAAGCAUCUUCCCUUACUGUAUCCCAGAAGGAACCACAGCAGGCUUCUGCUGGGAAGGGAGCUUUGUUCUUGCUUUGUUUCAGCAGCAAGAAAAACAUUUAAAGGGGUUCUGCUCCUACUCAAAUAGACAAAAUGAGCACUGCUGCAAGGAUGGAGACCCAGACCGACACACCUCUAUGCCAUCUAGCAACAAGAAGGGGCUUUCCCCUUUUGUCUCUUGUCAGUGUGUGCACUGCAUCCACACAAUAUAAAUUCCUCAUAGUAGCAGUAGGGUACAUUGCGCCCACCACUCAACAGAAUGCAGCUUCUAGCUCUACGCAUUCAUUUGUGUAAUUAACGUGCAGUUAUUUCUCUUUUGUAACAGAUCCAGCCAUCUUUUCCAUUAAAAGUAAUAUGUAGCCACAAUUUGUGAGUAAUUUGCAUUGUCCCCCUUUGCUGCAAAAUUUCGUUUCUGGUCAUCACCGCACCCCAUGGUAUCCUCACAACCACCCUGUAAUGCAGGUUUUGUUUCCUGUUCCACAUACAAAAUGUCAGAAUACCCUGCAUCUAAGGCACUAUGCAAAAGUGCAUUCGUUUGCACUUCUAGAGGUAUGUAAACCAUAUUUGUUUGUUUCAGUUUUAUGCAGCACAAUUAAAAGAAUUUUAGUUGAUCCACUAGACAUCCAAAAGAUAAAUCAUAAUGCCAAAGGAAUUACGCAGUGCUGUCCUAUAGAAGUGAAGUAAAUGACGGCCACUAACAAUUUUUUCCAAGAUCUAGAACGUGAAAAGGAAGACAAACUCUGUUCACCAAGGACAGAAGAGGCAACAUGUUUUAAGCUUAAGUAAUGUAGAUGAGAGGUUAAUAAUUGAGGGGGGGGAAUUUAACCAUAAGAACAGUUCAGCAAUGGAAGAUCCUGUUGAGGAAAACUAGCAUGCUUCAGACACAAACCAAUAUAGCCUAUUUCACUGGGAGGCAGAAGAUUAGAUUCAUAGUCCAUUACGCAUCUACUAUGGAGUUAUGUGGCAUGUGAGAGAAAUGUCAUGACUGCCUCAAUUGGAGUGGUUAGUGAUAACAUUUAUUAUUUUAUCCUUAGAUUUAGCAGUAUUGCUUUCCUGUGUACCUCUCCAGUAUAUUUUUAGUGGUCUGUCAUCUCCUGGCAACAGCUAUUUUUUCUUGCCUUCAGUUGCUAUGGAGCUGAAUAACUAUGCUCUUUGGGAGAUUUAUCGCUACCCUUGUUUUCCUUCUCUCUGUUGAACUAGAAUAUACAUUGGGGGGGGGAUAUAUGCUGAAUCCAUAACAGCAGCAGACUUCUGGUGGAAGUGUUGCAAAUUCCCCAACCCACCCAACAAAUUUCAUAACUAUAUGCUGUAUAUAAAAACAGUCCCAAUCCAAAAGAUGUUUUGCUUGAAGUGGACUCUCCAAAUUCACUUCAAAUUUUGAGUUUUGCCAGGCACUCUUACCUCCUUGCAGGCUGAAUUGGCAUGCGCUCCUAGCUCUAAUGUUAUUAAAGUUAUCACUGCAAUUGCUUCACAGAGUAAGAGAAGUGGUUUUGUACUUACACUUCAGAUAACAAAGCAUGGUCAGUAACAUUUGUGGAAAAACGCUGUUCGAGGAUCGAUACGGUCCCAGCGAGAGCCACAUGACCGCAGCCGCAGAACAAUGCUACCCCAGAGAAGCAGAGAAUAGUUGCCACAAGGGAAGCAUAUGGAACUCCUCCCAGGCACUUAAUGCAACAUUCAAAGCAACCUAAGCAGAAAAGAAAAAGGGGGGGGGGGGGACACAAAGACAACAUUAUUUAAGUACAAGAGCAAGUUAUGAGAACAACAUCAUUUGGACUUCAUGUGGUAAAACUGGUAAGAACAAUUAGCAAAGUUACUUGUUCAAAGCUAAUGGGUUGCACUUCCUACUUUCAUCAGAUGACCUUCCUCUUUACAUCUGUCGCCUCAAAGUACAAGAGUGACAGCACCCCAGAUUUUAUGAAAAUCAAAGGCUGCAGAUGAAGCAAGCUUGUGCAGGAUGCUUUAGAAAAGAGUGUGUGUUCUCCACCGACACAUCAAAUUAACACUUCUAUUUUAAGCACAGACAACAAAAAUAAAACUUUGAAACUGAGUGCACUACACUGUCCUUUCAGACAUCUUUGCAGGGCGAUGGGAGCCAGAAGCCCUCUAGUUAAAAGUCUCAUCUGAGCCACUAAUUCCUUUGACAGCCUUAAGUAAUCCACCCACACUCGGUAGCUUUAUAAAACCUCAGGCCCCAUUUGACAGCACACUGGUUCACCCAACAUGGAUGUUAAAAAGUUUACUGGUGUGUGAUGUACUCAAAAGGUUCUAUAUAAACACAGCUGAAAAGUUUGUGCUUUCUCUGAAGAACAUACAGAUAUGUUCAAAUACAGAACAUCCCAAGCUUGUUAAUUGACAUUAGGGAUGGAGAAUCUGUGGACGACAGUUCCCAUCAUCUCAGGCCAGAAUUGUAUCUGGAGGGCAGCAAAUUCUCCCUAGGGUAGAUAAAAUGCUACACGCCCACCGUGCUUAGAAGCACUACUGGUGCCCUUCCACUUUAGUAAAUGCCUAAAAGACUGAUUAUGGAAAAUGGGUGGCCCUUCAGGAUGAUCUUGUUACUACAAUUUCCACCAUUCCUGACCAGUCUUCUGGCUGAGGCUGAUGGGAGCUGGUGUCCAAAAAUAACCCGGGGUGUGUGUCACAGGUUAGCCACUUGAUUCAAAACCCAGCAUGGGAACUAAUUUUGCAGUGCAACACUACUCCAAUGAAGGAAUAUGCCUUCAAGACUUCAGAUGCAACUAAAUUAGAAUAAUUAGCUCAAAGAGGAGUUUCAGAUACUGGUGAGGUAAAAAGAAAAGAGUUAGGAGAAGCAGUUCAUAUUGGUCUUAGAUGGUUAAAAAUGGCAAAUUCUACAGCAUCACUGAUAUACAGCAAGCAUGCAAGUGUAUCAUGAGAGUAGAAAAGCAAUCCCAAAAGCCCAUUUAGUUCCUUAAAUUACAUAUGGGACACUGUUUCACUGGAGAUUCUGUGCUGCAAACCCUCUGGAUUUAUUUGCAUAUUUUGUUUGUCCUCAGUAUCUGGAAAUAUUUCUAUGUCCUCUAGGGGAUAGUUUUAUAUUCAUUAGUAACAUCAGAACUGCUAAGUCUAGUCUGCAGUGUAGUGAAUGUUCAGUUUCAGAUUCCACUUUGAGCUGCUAGCUUUGUACAUGCACAAGGAGAUUUGGGCAUGGUGGAAGUUUAAAAUGAUCUGACCUCCCAGGUGCUUUCUGAGAAGACACAGACUGUGCCUCAACCACCCUGCUGUUCUUAUGAACUGGAGUUUCUAGAACUGUUGUUAACAAGUGGUGGCUGAAAAAGUACACAGCCUAAGAUAAAAGAAAUUGGCUUAGAACUUGGAAAACUUGGAAGUCUGCUUCUUCAAAUGCUCACAGUCACUCAUUUGUUCAAGAGAAGAGGAAGCCAUUUUGCUGAUCGCCAUACUAAUAAACUAUCUAGUUGCCCAAGACACCACUUAACCAAGUUAUUGUCCUAGAACUGCUAUGCUAUUCUCACUAGAGAUGACGCCAGAAUACAUAAUCCCAAGCAUUGCAUUUUGAAAUAGGGUGGCUUGCAACAGUUGUUUCAAAUGCAAGGUAAGCACCACCUGUUCCACUUACGCGUUUGCCUCCAAGCUCCCAUCAGGAAUUCAGGGCAACCAGGGUGCUAGGUGCUGACAAGAGAGAAACAUUCCUUUCUGUGCCAGACCAGCAGCCCCAAUGUGAAUGGGUAUUGGUGGGAGGGGGCAGUCAUGUGUACAAAGGUAGUGUUAUGUGGCGGGGGUUGGAGAAUCAGAGUAUUGGGAGAAAACUGCUUCAUGUACCAAAGUCUCAGAUUAAAUGCAGAUUGGCUUGGAAUAAGGCAAGCACCAUCCUGAGUCUAUUUUAUUUUAAAAAAAUUUAAAAGUUGGCUUAUCCAAGCCAAUUUAAGGAGAACUGGGGAGGCAAGAGAUGAACUCAUAAGUACAACUCUGAUGUAUAUAUUAUUUGCUACCCACCAAAAGCAAACAUUACAUGAUGUCUUUGUACAGGUACACAGAAAUUAUUAUAGUUGGGCACAUCCAUAGAGCAAUAAAGUCCAUGCAGCAGUUAAAGAAGAAGUCUUGUAGCCCCUUAAAAAGCUAACAAAUGUAUUGUGGCAUAGGUUUUCAUGGUCUGCUUCAUCAGAUGCUUGAAGUGUCAUCUUAAAUUGGCAAGCAUAUAUGCACAUUGGGAGAAAGAUGUCAGAGGAGGAAGGAACAGUCAGGUUCCAUUCCUUUCCCCUUUUUGCAUGGGUCUCCUGUCCUCAGUCCACUCUGUUUCAAGCAUGGUAUACAAAUGUAUAAAAGAAAAAUGUUUAUUGUGUAGCUUUUUUGUAUAAAAAUGUUUUUAAAAGUAAAAUAUUGUUUGGGCUUUAAAAUAGAUAAAUAAAAUAAGAGUGUCUGUCACAAAAUAGCUGUUAUGGAGUGGCAUAACACAAAACUAGAGAGACAGUCACCCCUGACAACCUAAUGCUUACAGUGGGAAGUCAGCUUUGUCCUGGUACCCAUUGUGCAGAUGUCUCUCACAAACACACACACACAGAGAGAGAGAGAGAGAGAGAGACAGAGUCAGUCUAAUCGCAACAGUACCAUAAAAAGUAUAGAAGGCAACCUCACUACACUAUCAUUUCACAGAAAUAACUUGCUUUCCAGAAGGGCUCAAGACUUUUUUCUUUCUUUUUUAAUGAAAGCUCAGAGUUUGGGGCACCUGUCCCAGGACACCAGUUAAAGCCUUCCCAGGCACCAUGUGCACCAGACUGAAGACACCUGUCCUAGCAACUCCAAGCAGCUAUUACCAGUUGGAAAAAAGAAAAAAUGUACAAGGCAGCUGACUCAAACUACCUCACAGAACUUCAUUGGGGUGGGUGGGUUCAAAGAAGUAGCUUAACCUGUCUGUACAUUAACCUAUGAAGGUGAAAGACCAGGUGAGUUUGCUCAAGAUACAGACCUCCAAGAUUCCUCCAGUGCCCCUCGUGUCAGAGGAAAAUGAUGUGUAUAAAGAACUGUGAAGGCUAGCUUGAAAACAAAAUAGUCAACACUAUUUUGCACUAUAUCACAGCAAUGGUGAUAACAAACAUCCUGGCAUUGACAAGCUAAUUGACACAUGAAUUGCAAUAAAACAGUUCAAGCCAUAUUUCAAGCCAUAACUGAAUUGCCUCAUAAAUUGUAAUUCAGCACACUAGAGUUUCCCACUGAAGCUGCUUCGUUUAAUUAGGGCCAGUUACAGAGUAUCCUGAGAGGCAGAAAAAUUCUCCGACAGGCUUUUUGCAAUUGCCAUUUAUGAUAUAUUUGUGUCCAUUUGUUGCUUUGCGGAGGCAGGCCUGCUGGUUCCAUGUAGAAUGCAGAAGAGCACACUGGCAGAUGUUGGCAGAUGUUACAUUGGACAAUGAGGGGGUUAAUAAACUCCUGCAGUUCCGGCUGACAGUAUGAGAUCCUGUACUAGUGGUGUAUUGGUAGCUCAAGUUUCCCCCCAGGGUCUGCUUCUAACAGGUCUUAGAUGGGGGCGUCCACCCAAGGCUUGUGAGAAGGAAGUAUCAUUGUCCAGAUUAAGCUGUAGAUUACUGAGGACACAUCGGUAGACUCAUCCAAAGCUUGCUGUGACAUGUUUGUGAGGAAUUCGGAAGUUAAAAUUGCUUGCAUAGACCAGGAUUUGGAUUCCAUCCUUGGAGCAGGUUAUUCUGGUGAGGUUUCUGGUGAUGUUGGGGGAGCUUCAGUUGGUGUAACCGGAGAUCAUGGGUAAAAUAGUUGAAGGUUAGUUUCCAUCAACUACCUGUGUCUUGAAUCCUUGCCCUUCCUGAUUCCUAAAAUUGGGCAGGGAGGGGAUUGUUGGUUGGGCUUCAAGAAGAAGUUGGUCCCAGGUCUUCUGAAGGUGGUGGAAGUAAUACUACUCCUGAAGAAAUUGUGGAUAACUAUGAAGUGACAGAGAUUAGUGGCUAGAUGCACUAUAGCAAUAUUAGAGGUGAUACUCUCAAUGAUAUAUUUGUGGGUAUAACGGCCUCAGCAGCCAUAGUACCUGGAAUGGUGUUCUCUGGGAGAUUUUCAACGGGUUGCUAUUUCCUCAGGAUAUUGAUGUUAUCCUGUAAGAAACUUGGGAGUACUGGUCGCACACAGUUUUGAGUACAUGCAUGUGUUCACUUUUCAUGGGUGAUGUGCAUACUUUUCACAGCUAAAAGACAGAAGCCAUGGUGCAGCAUAUACCUCUGUGCACAAUAUCAAGACUUGCCUGAAUUUUAUUUUCUGUAGAGUAUAUCUGUGGCGCGCUUAAACUAGUAACACAUCUAAUCUAGAUAAAUAGAUGUUUGUUAUGUUUUUAACUCUGCAUUUCAUGACAUAAAAUAUUUUCUUUUGCUGAAAAAUGGUUUAUCUGCUGGUCUCAUUCUGAAACAAACAUAACCACACAAUAUUAAUCAUGUUGGCGUGGAAGAAACUAAAUAGCAACAGGAGGACAAACAGGAAACAUUUAAGAAUGGCCAUAUUAGCAGAGUCAAAGAGAUGAACUACUCUUGUCUUUAUAUAAAUUCCGCUUUUUGAAAAGAGGAAAACCUUAACAUCCCUUACAAAAUAUGGUGGAAGAUGUUAAAAACAGAAUUUAAAAGUAUGCCAGGCAUGUCCAAUACUACCCUAACACACCAGAGUAAAGUAGUUUAAAUAUAAAUUGUACAGAUACACACAUCAAUGCAACUCACUUUCAAUGGCCAUUUUGUCUAAAGCAUCACUAGAACCUUUUGUGCAGUUC